UCAGCAUCCCCCAUCUCUCCUCCUCCUACACAACCUCCCCUCUCCUCUCCCCCCCUCCCUGGCCAGAGCUGUGUAUCUCAGAGACAGAAUGGCGGAGAGAGAAAAAUCAUCUACCACUCCAGCAAGCUCCUCACCCUUUAUGGGGAUGCAUCUGGCCUCUCCACCGCAUUUCAGGUAUAUUCUGCCAAUCCUACCACCCACCCCCAUCUCACCCUGAGAAGGAGAGGGGCUGUAUAUUCCCCCAUCUCCUUGACAUUCUGUUCCCGCAUUCCCUUUUUCAUACUGCUCGCCUAUUGUGUUCUGUAUUUUUAUAUACAUUGUAUCUGCAGUUGGGGUGGUAUGUUUUGGAACUGUUGAGUUGACAUUGUGGUUUUUUUUUUAUUUAUUUUUUUAAAUUAUUUUUAUUAUUAUUAUUGACGUGUGUGUUUGUAUUUUUCUUACACACGUUCACAUCUGGAUAUUGCGGCGUUACCUCUGCAGCUGGAUGCCUAAUAGUUGCCAUCCUCCUGGGUGUGGUGUUGAUGUAAACGGUACAUCUGGGAAGGCUGUAAGAUGUCAUUUUGAUUUUGUCCAGCCAGGGGUUAAUGGAUUUAGGCAUCCAAUGCUUCCCCAAUCAAUUAGUCAAUAGGAAUUAUUGCUCAGACAGCAAUGGGUUAAUCAAUAUGUGAUCAGUCAAUUAUAUACUGCUGUCUCCUGGAUGCAAAUACUAGAUAAACAGGUGUGUGUAUGUGUGUAUAUGUGUGUCUGUGUGUGUGUAUGUAUGUGUGUGUGUGUGUAUCUGUGUGGGUAUCUGUAUCCCUGUGUGUCUGUCUAUGUGUAUAUGUGUGUCUGUGUGUGUGUGUGUAUGUGUCUGUGUGUAUAUAUAUGUGUAUCUGUAUUCCUGUGUGUAUAUCUGUGUGGGUAUCUGUAUCCCUGUGUGUGUGUGUCUGUCUGUGUGUAUAUGGUCUUUGCCGCCCCUCACUCUGGGGUAAUAGUAACCAGACGUCUGUUUGUUGUUUCUUGGAAGGAUACACAGGUUUUGGCAUUUUUUCUGGCAGUAAAUCUUGCAAGAGACUGCCCUCACAGUGGUUUGAGUUUCACUAUAUAUUAUGUUGCCUACAUGUUGUUAUGGAGACAAAUUGAAAUUCAGAUUGUUACCUGAGCGUAUUGGGAGCUGCAGAUCACUCUCCCUGGAAUGCCAGAGAGUCCCUGGAUUUUGAUUUUUUUGAGAAGGUUUUAAGGAAUAUUCAGCUCACCGUUGGUUGAGUAUAUUGGAAGUUGUAGUCCACAGCAGCUGGAACAUAGCAGAUUGCCUGUUUAUUAUGUAAAAUAUACAAGGCUAUACACUAAAGUAGGGAUUCAAAGUGAAUUCAAAUUUAAGCUCAAACUAGCAGAAAUGGAAAGACUCUCUGAGUUAGCUAUGCCUUCUGUUUGAUUACUCUGGCUUUAAAUAUAAAAUUCACGGAGAAUUCUCAUUUUAGUGAGUGACCCUGAUGAUUAAUAUUAGCAGUAGGACUGAUGCUCUUGAUGAAGAUAAAGGAAACUUUGGUUGAAUGUCAUAGAGCUUUGAACUCGUCAAUGAGAUCUUACAAACCAAAUUUACCAUAAAUUUCCUACGUGUGAUUGUGGCAAACUAUCAUUGUUCUCUAGGGGGUCAUUUUCUUUGAGGCUGGCAUUGGUCCAUUCAUUGGCCUCUGGCAAACUGCUGCACACCUGGUGUACAUCUCUAUUUCAUUAUUCAUGGCUGGAUGUGAAUGAUGAGAAUUGCUAUUCAAACAAAUGGGCUAAGCAGAGUUUGCCCUGUGUUCACUGAGGUCAUGCCAUAGUAACUAUUACAGGGCCCUCUACAGCGAUGACAUCCUGGCUGUCAGGGGUGUUAAAAUUGUUCUUGGAAGCUAGAUUUCUGCCAGAGUCUUAAAAUGCCUCUCAUUAACAACAUGUAAUCAAGCAAUUAACGGUCCGCAUGGCUGAGCAUUGUGCUGACUAUUCGUCUGAAAAUCUGGUACGUCUGCAGCCCUUAAGGAAUGGAGGUAAUAUUCUUGCUAUCCACCAGCUAUUACUUGCAAGACAACCGGCAAAUGAUUGUUCCUUCAAAGAGACUGGCCAGAUCAUGGCUGGCUAACAUUAUUUAGAGUUGUAGUCUUUAGUGACAAAGUGUCUAGGGUUAAUUAUAAAUGUAUCACGGGGCUCAUGCCCAUAUUUAUAGGCCACAGAUUUUUGGUGAACAACCGGUAUCCGACAACCGCUGGUCAGUUUCCCGUGGGCACAGCUGUCUAGCGCACUGGCUUCAAGUCGCGCUACCGCAGGCAUCGGAUGGAAGAUCCCCCUAUGAGCUCCUGGUAGACGGAGAGCCCGCGGCUCGCAACUGUCAUAGCGGCUUCUGUUGAUCGCUUCAUUGCUGGAUGAGUGCGUUUUGUCUCUUAGAAGUUACUGCAGCCUGAGUGAGCAAGGCAAAUAGAGCAAUUAAACGAGUCUAUGAUAAUGACCAGCAGUCCUAACAACGCAGGCAGACCCUCGUUAGUAAACGGUGUUCUUACAGAUAUAAAGUCAACAAAAUUCAGAAGAAACAAGUGAUUAAAUUAACUGGACCAGGUUCCAUAUUUAAUCACUUGUUUCUUCGGAAUUAGUGCAAAAAUAUAUAUAUAUAUAUAAUAGUGAACAAAAGUGUAUGGGGAUUAUUUAUAAUGAGCUAUUCUCGAGCAAAGUUCUAAUUGGACAAAACUAGACAUGUGCACAAAUUCUUUUCAGCUGUACGAACAAAUGGAAUGUCUUUUAAUCUGCGCCCAAACAAAUCCAUCCAUCCAGGAUUUUCCGGCGGAGUCUAGUUAAAUGAAUAAGACUCCACGGGUAAAUCCAGGAUGGAUCGAUUCGUUCGGAUUAAAAAUAAAUUUGAUUGGUCCGUAGCAGUAAACAGAAUUUGUGCAAAAGUACAGAGCAAAAAUUCCACUAGUUUUGUUUGUGAUUGCUCAACUUGUAAAACGUUUGUUCCAGAAUCACGUUUGGUGUUUACAUUCCAUUUUCUGUUUGGGGUUGUAUAUAACCUUAUUUUAUUUAUUUGUUUUGUAAAUAGAGUUUUUUAUUAGCAGUUCAGAUAAUAACAGGAAACAGUAUGAAUAGUAUCAGUGAGACUCGCAGGUCUCUAUUAGCAUCUUACAUGAGCAUCACACGUGUCAGGCGCAUCUUACCUUAUUUUAUUUUAUUAUCUUCUUGCUCAUCAUUCUGUCUUUCUAAUUCUGGAUAAACGGUUUCUCAUACAGGUCUGCAAUGACCUAACCUGGCUGACAAUGAAGGGGUUUAAUAGUUCAGUGACAGCUGAGGGCAUGUCAGCUUCAUCAGGGGUUCCCAAAUCAGACCGCCAAGCUGCCUGUAGUCCUUGAUUGAUCAAUACACCUGUAAAGAUACCAUGUGUUUUAUUUUUAUUUUUGUAACCCACUGAUUCUUAUUUUGCAUUUACUUUGCAUUCUGUGAGCUCACUGGCCUUAACAUGUCGGUAUACUUAUUUGAAUUCAUUUGUGUACUGCUUCCAAAAUAGAAAUCAAAGAAAAUUAACACCGUGAUAUUGCACCUCAAAGAACAUUCCAGACAAAUAUAUUCUAGCACCAUACGCGGCUUAACCCUUUCACCACCAAGCAUCUUAUUCAGCAUUCGGCACAUUUCAAAUAAGGGUUGAAUAUCUAGCACAUUAAAACAAUAAUUCUAUGUACGGUUGCUGUUUUUAUUUCUGUGUUUCAGAAAUAUUGAGAAUGUUCUGUUUUAGAAGUCACUCCGUGUUCUUUUACUUGUAACAUUCUCAUAUAAAACCAUCGGAAAAAAACUGGAAAAUUAGCAUAGAGGCAGAGAAACCUUUUUAGUUGCAUGUGCCAGAUGCGUGUUUGAAGGAUCUCGCUGGUAGUUUUUAGGAAUGCUGCGUCCAAAAAAUGCCUCCUGAAUGCAAAAAAACAGGCAUCCGCAGUGUACAUCAUGGGAGUUUAAUUCCAGAAUAGCUGGAGUGCUUGUUGGUAACCCCUAUCCUUUAUGCUAGGCAGAGUGUAAUGGUGGUAACGUUCAACAGCCAUUUGGCUGAAGACCAUGAUAUUUAACAAAAUACAGUAGUUUCCUUUUGGCCUCCAACUCGGCAGAAUAUGUACUGUAUCUUAGCCAUAGUUACAAUGAAUAUAGCAUUGCUUGUUUUUGCAGCAUAUUUAUUGGUCUUAGUAUUUGGUUAUCAGUCUCUGGCCUCCUGUCAGACUUGCCAUCUAAUUUCACAGACUGGCACUGGGAGAUCAGAUGACUUGCCUCCUGCCUCAGGAUUCAACCCCCACUCUCUGCUUCACACUGUGCGUUAUAGUCCGCAUUCGCACCAACUGAGCAACACUUUAUUCUCUGAAGCAAUUUUCUUCUGUUCUGUACAGCUUGGCCUGCUAACGAUCCCCUGAGAGUUGGUUUCUGAGCCUGGAAGUUUAAAUCUCUCUUCAUCCACAUUGCACAUUUUUGAUCUUUUUUACUUUAGUUCAUCCGUUCUCUCUCUCCCGUGGCACAAUUAUUUAUCCUGCAAUUUUUGGCUUAGACGGUGCAUUUAGACAUUUUUAUCAUAUCUUUUUCUUGUCUAUAUUCUGUAUCCUGGGUAUCUGCUUUCUGUUCAGUGACUGGACUUCCCCUCCCAGGAUCUACACGAUGCAGAAUUAGGUUAAUUGUGUCUGUCCCUCUAAUGACCCCCAAUAUCUAAUGUUCUAUACACUUCUAGAAUGGAAAAUGUCCACAGAGGUCAAAUAGGAUCCCUGAAUGUCCUGCACAUCAUCCUCUGUAACCCUUUCAUUUUCAGACAGGGUUAUCCACUAUGUGAAUGGUGUGGAUUAAUUUACAAGAAAUUAAAAACAUUUAGUCAGCGAUAGCCAAAAUGAAAGUAUAACUGACUAUUUUCUAAUUUGGCUAUUGCAGCCUAAAAUAUUACAUUCACUUUGGAUUCCUGACCAUUCCAAUAGUGGCCACCAAUUAUGGAGGAGACAAUUGGCCUUUGAGGUUGUCUCUCUUCUCUUUACUAUAGCACAGGGAGAAGAGAUAUGCUUGAUAUUUGUAUUGCUUGUCUAGGUGGUGAGGUUUGUAGAGAUAACACCAAUCUUGGACAAUAACAUUUAACCUAUUUAGAGGAGACCUCAUCCAAGGUGUUAAUAGGGGGACUGGAGAGAAGGAGUUUGCACCAAAUGUUGGAGAUAGCUUACUCAUACAGUCCAAUAACCAAGGAAAUCUCGCCGGGAUGAGCCUUAUAAUCAAAUUUGACUUAUUCUGAGUCUGAGAAACAAAUUAGUUGCCAAUAAAGACCACAAGGACAGUCUUUAAUAUUAAAUUACAUUAUAUUUUGUAAUUUUUUAACACAUGCAAGGCACAUACUAAUAAUCACUAAAAGGGUUUCACACUUCUGGCUAACGACUUAAAAUUUGAGGUGAGUCAGAUGGAAAUUGGGUGUACUUGAAACUUACCAAGGUACCUUAAUUUGCUGAGCAAAUUUUAGCUUCACUGGGUUGUCCAGGUAGCUCAGCUCAGGAAGAGGUUCCUCACACCCAAAUUAGAUGUAGGUUAUUUCUGAAUUAUUGGCUGGGGGAUUGCCAAUGCAAAUAAGCGUUCCCCAUCCACAAGGUUUUCGAUGACAAGGGAACCUGCAGUGUUUAGGGGCUCCUUAAUGGUGGCAUCUUCCUGGAAACCACCAUGAUAAAAAUAUUUUAUUUUCUUGCUAUUCAUGAAAAAUGAAUGGUGGGAAAUCCUGCUGGACCUCAUACAAUGUCACAGCUUUUCUGAUGUGGUGUUUUUAUUCCAAAGUCGCUGAAUUUGUCAUAACUUGGGGGUGUCACAGUUCUCACUGUGCCAUACAGACGGCCGGGCGUGGCCACCCCGGAAGUGCCCAACAGGGGAUUUGAACCUGGGUCCAUUGCUGUCCUGGGCCUGCUAUCUGCCUUUCAGCCACAGCAGUUCAUAUUCUUUAGAGUAGUCCUAGCCCUGUUCUACCUGGCUAUGUCUGCAGCACUGUGGGCUGGACUUCUUCUUCUUUGGUCAUUGCCUGUGCUUCACCUCAGACAAAUCAGACAUCAGCUGGGUAUAUGAGCACUGCCUCGCCCUGGGAACUUUAGCAAGUCUUUUAUCCUUUUGUGUGUAUUCAGUUCCUGUGUUCUAGUCUCUUGAACUUAUUUCAUAUUGACCCCGGCUUCUGACUUUGUUUAUCUUGACUUCGGCUACACUUCGUUUAUCCUGACCUCUGGCAUCCCUUGACUUCGGCUACACUUCGUUUAUCCUGACCUCUGGCAUCCCUUGACUUCGGGCUACACUUCGUUUAUCUUGACUUUGGCUACACUUCGUUUAUCCUGACCUCUGGUAUCCCUUGACUUUGGCUACAUUUCGUUUAUCCUGACCUCUGGCAUCCCUUGACUUCGGCUACAUUUCGUUUAUCCUGACCUCUGGCAUCCCUUGGCUUUGGCUAAAUUUUGUUUAUUCUGACCUCUGGCAUCCUUUGACUUCGGCUAUCCCUGGACUAUCCUGCUGUUUGUGUCCUUGUCGGUACUGCUUUGGAACACCUUUCCUGCAUUUAGAAUAAUGCCCUCUAUGAUCUGAAGCAUCGCUUGGAAUACUGGACUGAGUCACAGAUAGACAAUGCUUCUCAGUGACCAUUAUUUUGCUUCGGAGAUGAUGUAACUGGUUAUUGAUCACCAAUGACUUUAUCCACUUACACAGAAUUAGCCAUUCUCCUUCGUAGCGGUUUUCAGGAAACUGAAAUUGCUUUUGUGGGAAAAGCCCACAGAAAGGAACAUUUCCCUCUAGAGGUGUUUAAACAAUGUUACUCAUUUCCAAAAACCUUUCUGUUUAACACUGCGGCUUUCAGAGAUACGUUUAAAGGGGCAAUGUAGCUGAAUGCAGUUUAUUACUUUGGAUGUUUAUACUGACACUCUGUGUUGGUUUUCUUAUUGAAAAAAAAUGCACAUGGUCUGUUUGUUAAAAUAACAUAUACAAAUAAUGAAAAAUACAGGGUGCGCAAUAAUAACCACCAACACGCAGUGAGAUAUACGUAUUACAGAAAAAUCCUGAUGGUACAUAUGGUAUUCCCUGAUCAAUCUGCAAAACAGAAAAGCUACAUAGCAUAAUACUUUUUUUACAUUCAGAAAGAAAUCAAACAGAGGUAAUGGGUCACUCACAAUUCGCAGAGCCACAUAAAGCAGGCUCUGGCUGUAUUGGCUUGUCAAAAAAUCAGGCUGCUUUGAUACGUGUUUUAUACUUGUAUAGGUAUAGUGAAGAGACUUGAAUUAUAUUAAAAUCAAUUUACUUAAUAAAUGCAAAAUACAGAUAAUAGCAGCGACACAAAAGUGCAUUAAAAUCCAAAAUAAAAAGUACAACACGUUUCAAGCUUACGGUUUUCCUCAAGGUGCAAGAUGACAAGAUUGGCAAGCCAAUACAGCCAGAGCCUGGUAUAUCUGGCUCUAGGACAAUAAUUAUUUACAAUAAUAUGUCUUUAGCACUAGGAGGGAAUACAUGGAACCUUUGUUCCUUGUUUCUAAUUUAGUUUGUCCUAUGUAAGGGAAUGUUUGUUUAUCCCAAAGAUAUUUGUUUUAUUUCUGUUCUAAUUUUGUUUGUUUUUUGUAAAAUUGUUUUGUAAACAAUUAUAAUCACUGGAAAAAGAAAUCUGGUCUCGUUGACCUCACUGGUCAUGCACCGCUUCCCUCCCACCUCUUCAGGAAUUGGGGCCAGUAGACCAGACUCCUACAGUUACCUGAAGUCUGAUGCAGGUCACUAGAAGGGCAAGUCUACACUAACAUUGCUGUACAACAACAACAACCACUUCUAUUUACAUUCAUAAACCAGAAGUUAUUUCACCCCACUGAAGCCAUUCACAUUGAUGAUAAUUUUCCAGUAGUAAUUAACCAAAAUCUGCAUUUGUAUUAUUGCAACAGAUAUACCAUAAUUCUAGUUCAACCUUUAUCAAAUUACAUUUCUAGGAAUAUACUAAAGGGAUACUGUAUACAUUUCUAGGAAUAUACUAAAGGGAUACUGUAGUCACCGUAACUGCAUUGAAGUGGUUAUAGUAUCUGGAUAAUGCCAGGGUAGUCUGAGCAGUAUAACCAUUUAAAGUAUAUGAAAUGGUUUUAGUGUGUACAGUGUCCCUUUGGGCAGACUAGAUGGGCCAAAUGGUUCUUAUCUGCCGUCACAUUAUAUGUUUCUAUGUUUCCUUUACGUCUCUGGGUUAUAUAUUCCAGAAACACUUUAAUGCACAUCUGGAUAUCUGACUGAUUUAAUAUUCUACAGAAAUUGGUACUUAAUUGAAAUAUAUAUUUUUUCUGACCUUGUCUAUAAUGCCGAGAUUGGCCUCAUUGCCCUAGACCAGUGUGGCACUUGGGUAUUUAAAAGCAGAGCGUACAGGACAGGAGCAUUUUAAAAUCAAUUGAAAGGUAAUACAAUAGAAGCUAUGGAUUUUUUUUCUGGGCAGCCUGGGGACCAUUUCAAACCACAGGAGAGGUUGCAAUACCCUUCAGCACCGUGUCAAGCAAAAACAUAAAUUGUUGACAUUACAGAUAUAUGUGUAAUAAUAGAUGCAAGUGACUGUGCUGUUAAUGUCCAUAUUAACUGUAUAGGAAAGGAGUGUGUAUAAACCAUUCUGGUAAUCCAACAGUUAACACGGGGGUUGUAUUUUUCGAGACGUACACAAACGCAGGUUAGCGUAACGAUCAGCAUAGUAAUGGACUCUCGCUGCAGAGAGAAAAGUGUGAGUCAGUCUAUUCAAAAUGAACAUGACAUCAUUUCUCUUUCAUUCAUGAUUUGAAGCUAUUGCUGGAUCUUUGCUUCUAACGUCGCAGCAACAAAGGCUUGUGAGUAGGUUUCCAUGCUAUUCAGUCAGCCUUAAAGGGACACUAUAGUCACCAGAACAACUACAGCUUAUUGAAUUUGUUCUGGUGAGUAGAAUCAGUCCCUUCAGGCUUUUUGCAGUAAACACUGUCUUUUCAGAGAAAAUGAAGUGUUUACAUUACAGACUAGUGAUAACUUCACUGGAUACUCCUCAGGUGGCUGCUAGAGGUGCUUCCUGGGGCAGUGCUGCACAGUGUGACUUACAUUCAAUGUCUCCACCCUCUGCAUGGAGACACUGAACUUACCUCAUAGAAAUGCAUUGAUUUAAUGUAUCUCUGAGGAGAUGCUAAUUGGCCAGGGUGGUCUUUGACUCUGCCUCCCCCCCCUCCCCCCAAGCACACCUCCUUGGCUGACAUCAUCAGAAUUGAAACUCUCAUCCAAUCCAAUGCUUUUUUAUAUGUGGAAGCAUUGUGAUUGGCUCAGAUCAAUACUUCUGAUGAUGUCAGCUAAGCAGGCAAAUCAGGAGAAGAACCAGCAGCAGACAGGAAUAAAUGUAUAUUUAGGGGGAUAAUUGGGGUUAGAUGGUGUUUUUAAAACUAUAGGGUCAGGGAUACAUGUCUGUGUUCCUGUCCCUAUAAUGUUCCUUUAAAUUAUAUAGUAGCCAUUUGUGAAUAGGAGUACCAUAUUGUUAGUGUGUCUGAAUAAAACUCAGUAAUGUCUUUAAACUACAAUAAAAGUGUUUAGAAAUCAGUCUGUGGAAAUAAGAGAUAUUGUUCUAAAUUAUAUUUUGUUGUAUACUAUUAGUCAGUCACCUACAAUUUCAUAGAACAGCCCAUCAUUUAAAUUUUACGGAUAUCCCUGAAAGCAAACUAUAAAUGGAAGCUAUGUCCAAUCAAUUUACCCCCUCAUUUCAUUCCCAGACAGGCACAUACACAUGGGUACAGACACACAAUCUGACAUACACUGACAGGUUAUAAUGUUUAUAAUUGCAGCCACCCACCUGUUAGCUUACCUUUUGUGUCCAGGAGUGUGGCUUGCUUGGGAUCCUGGUGCUGGCUGAUGGAAGUGAGCAUGUAGGAGCACACUUCAGCCUUUCCUCUGCCUCCGUGUGGCUGUGGUGAUGCCGUCGCCUCCAGCCUUCUCCCUCUCUCCCUCAUGCACGGCCCUCAGUGAAGCUGGGAGGAAGUGACAGGCUGUCACUUCCUCCCAUCCGGCAGAUACCACAGGGCUCUUAAAGGGCCGUGGCACCCAACCAGACCCCUGUUCAGGAAUAAUACUCACCAGGUGGCCAUAAUUAUAUACAAUAUCUGGGAAAUCACACACGAUCUGACAUACAUUGUGUGAUUAUGACAUACAUUGUGUGAUUUGUGCGUGUCAGGUAGUGAUGUCGCGAACGGUUCGCCACGAACGGUUCACCGCGGACUCAUCAUUGAGUAAACUUUGACCCUGUACCUCACAGUCAGCAGACACAUUCCAGCCAAUCAGCAGCAGACCCUCCCUCCCAGACCUUCCCACCUCCUGGACAGCUCACUAAGAAUGCAGCUUCAAAAUGGAUGCUGUCCAGGAGGUGGGAGGGGCUGCUGCUGAUUGGCUGGAAUGUGUCUGCUGACUGUGAGGUACAGGGUCAAAGUUUACUCAAUGAUGAGUCUGUGGCGAACCGUUCGUGACGAACUGUUCGCGAACCGUUCGGGACAUCACUAGUGUCAGGGAGUCCCACUUAAACUGCGGGAGUCUCCCGGAACCGCUGGGAGACUUGGGAUGUCUACUGACCUGAAACACCCCUCAUCCUUGAAUUAUAUACUAGCCCUAAAGUAACCCCAAAUUGUAUUCUUGUGUCAUUUUAUUUCUAACUUUUCUAUUUCAGGGACAUUGGCACCCCUGAGAUCUAUAUGGAAUAGCAGGGACCCAUUCAGCUGCAGUGCCAGUUAAGCUAGAAGAGAAUAAAGUAGAUCUCGGAGGAUUUUUAUCAGUCAAACUGAAAUGAAUGAAAGUAUCUGGAAUUGAUGAACCAAAUGUAGCUCUUGUUUAACAGAUCCCAGUAUUAUCUUCUGAGUUUCUAAGACAUUUCUAGAUUGUGAAAAAGCAAUUAUUAACUAAAGUGAGAAUUGUUAGGAUUAGGAAUUUAAAGUCCGCUCUAAGUAAAUUUCACAUUUUCGGUCAUAUUAGCCAAACUAAUUUUCAGUGAUAUUUUGAGUUUGACUUUUUUGGCCUCAGAUUUGAAAUGCACUUUGAAUUAAUUUGUAGAUUUGUGACAAUUCAUGAUGAGGAAAAUAACCCUGCGGAGAAUUAAACCAUUGUUGCCCUGGUGCCCGGCUGUAUAUUUUAUAGAUUUCAUAUUUACAGAUUGUUUGAGAACUUAUUAAUUGACUUGUGCCUUCAGUUUAAAAUGAUUCGCGAUUUGUUGGAAUUCUGGGUAAUCAGCGAUUCAUCUGAAUUCUACAAGUCCGAUACGCCAUAUGGACAUACCCCAAAACAAAAAAGAAAUAUUACCUCAGAGUAUUAGAGAGGAUAGGAGGCAUAAAGCCGUUCCUCUCCAAAUACCCCCAGAUUUAUACCCACGGUAGUAAUAUUAACUCAUAAUGCCUGGGAUUAGUAGUAUAAAAAUAAAUAAUAAAUAAAAAACGAUCUUUAUUAAAUUAUAUUUGUUAGUCUAUAGACUCAUUAACACAAAAUAAAAGGAAAGAAAUGAAAAAUUGUGCAGGUGAUUUAAGAAGGGCAGACUCAUGUAGCUUAUAUAGAAUAUUUAGGCGUACAUUGAUUGGUUUUAGAGUAAAUGUGUAACCUAGAUAGUAUAAGUAAACUACUAUUCAUGUAGCAUCCACUUAGGAACCAUAGGCAAACAUAUGAUUAUAAAUGUAAUCAAAGAAAGUCAUGAAGAUAUUGUAUAUUCAUAUAUAUCAUCCUAAUGUAUUGUAUAGAGGUAAGCAUAUAAAAUUACUCGGGUACCGCUAAUAGCUAUGGAGUAUAGGCUAGGGAUUAAUGUCUGAGGUAAAAUGCAACUUAAUUGGCAGGGGGAAUUGAUAUCAUUCCCUCGCGUCAAAAGUAUGCAAUGCCCCUAAUGUAACACUGUUAUCCCAAAGGAAAUACCAAAGCUACUGUGCCCACCAGUAACCGUGGGACCCAGAUUAAGGAUCGAUGUCUGGGACAAACGCGAUUUAAGAUAGCCGAGGGAAAGGAAAAAGAGAAACACCUAAUAUGCUGUGUUCUAGAUAUAAACUUAGUAGAAGUUAUAUUAAUAACAAUCCCUCGCAUCAAAAGUAUGCAGUGCCCCUAGUGUGACAUAAGUAUCCCGAAAUAUAAUGAGGAAGAUAGAGCCAAAUUGCAUCCAAAAUUAAGAUUCUUGAUGAUAAAUAAGAAAUCUUUAGGAUACUAGAGCAAAGUAAAUGUUAUGGAGCAGUAGAAGCCUCCUCCGUAGCCUCUAUCUAAAUCAAAGAACGGAAAGCGCCUGAAUAUGCCGACAUGAAUGCCAAACAAGCUACUUCCAUAACCUAUAUCUAAAACCCAGAGUAAAGCUGUUCUAAAUAGCGAAGUUCGAAUAUGCUACCUAUCAAAGAAUACCUCCUUUUACAGAGGAAUGUGUAUAACAGAGUGUUUUUGUAGAUAUGGUGAUUUCCAAGCUGCUCAAUACACUUAUGUGGAAGUAUCCUCUAUUCCACAAAACAAAUUUAAGAUUAUUAGUGCGGUGUAAGUGACAAAAGACUUAUACCAGUAAGUGGAGCGCUUUAACACAUAUAGCUUACCAACUGGUUUCUCAUUCAGUAUUAACAUAUAAGGUACAUGUCAAAAAAGAAAUAUAAAAGGUACAAUAUAGUGCAGAUGGUUUUAAGACAAUAAAGUUAUAUUGACAUUAAAGUAAUAGUGUCUUGAUAAAUGGAACACUCACAUUUUUAGGAGCCUGUAUAUAGAAAACUGGCUCCGUAUUUUGGCUUGUGUGCUUAUAUUGGGUAGCACCGCCCGUCUCCUUCAGUGUAGGGUGUUUCUCAAAGACAAAAAUUGGAGAAGCAGACCAAUGUGUAGUUGGUGUUUGUGAAACACAGUAUUUAUAAGUGGUGUGCUCACCUGAUCCUGAGCCUGUGGGUCCCAUCUCUAGGUAUAUAGAUAUUGUACCAAUUUGAAUGGGGAUGGUACUACCCCUAGGGAGAUACUCUCGAGGUUUCCAAAAAAGGACUUGAAAGGAUCUUGAAUAAAAGGUAACAAAUUUAUUUAAGUGUAAAACAAAAAAUAAAAACAAUAGUUAUAAAAAAGUCCUUAAUAAAAAGUCCUUUUACCUGCCUAAAGUGGUUCCCAAAUUAUAACUAGAGAGCUAAAUGAAACGUUACAUGGAGAGAGCUGCCCUGAUUAAAAAGAAAAGCGUCAGGACUCGACGCGCAUUUCAGCGCUCUCAGGAGCCUUUUUCAAGAGUGAGCUUUGCAAGGUAACCAGCCCGCCUUUUAAAAGGAAGAAAAACACACCCCCGCUAAGCACGUCAUGUAAAAAAUGACGUCAUCUGGACGGUGGCUGUGAGACUAUUUGCUGCGAGCGAAAAUCAAUUAGCCGCUUGUAUCUACCAGAUAGAAGGGGAUAUGAAUAAUCCCUCAUUUCUAUCAUUAGUGGGUUUUGAGGAAAAAUAGAAAGAUACCUUGCUGAUGUAUUAUAAAGAUCUAUAUACAUUUGUAAAGCUAUAUUUUUCUGAUACAGACUAUCCAAUGUAAAGGGAGGAGAUAGAAGCAAGUUAUGAUACCAUGUGUCAAAAUGUCAUGUAACCAAAAGUAUAUAAAUAGAUACCCUGGGAAUUCAAAGAAAUCCUAAUUUCAUGAAGCUGAAAAUAUGGUAUCAAAUUAAACUCACAAAGAGUUUAAAAUGAUAUGUAUAUAUAAUAUACGGUAUGCAUAUGUAUUGAAUGAGCAAGAUAUCAAUAUAGAACCCCUUAUUUUUUUUUGUGUUAUGUUAUCCUUUUCUCCAUCCUGUCCUUGCUAUUAUAAAAAAUAUAUAAGUAAAUAAUAUAGUUUACCUUUCUCAGUGAAAUUCAAACAAGGAGGUAUUUUCACAGAAGGGAAAGAGAGGUCUGUAUCAUACUAGGAUUUAGCUAAAUCCUUCAAAAAAUAGCCUUUUGAGUUUAAAACUUGAGUUUUGCCAGUUUAGUCAUGUGGGACAGGAAAUAUAUUUUAAUUUUAAGAGGAGACACGUCCUAUAAGAUGGAUGGUACAGAUUUAGAUUUAUGUUUAUUAAAAGAUUGAAAAAUGUUCUUACAAGAAGGGUGAAAAAGAGAAUCCUUCAUUGAGUCUCCUUGGGCUCAAAGUUUUUAAUCUAUUAAUCCAGAAGGAUUCCCUUUGUCUUAGAAAUUUAUCAAAGUCACCUCUUCUGGCACUUUUUUUCACGAGUUCAAGACCACAAAAACGUAAUCCUUUUGAGUCUCCAUUGUGGCAUUCCCUUAGAUGUCUAGAAAUAGGGUGAUCCACUGGAUUUUUUACGUGUUCCUGGAAGCGUUUCUUGAAUGGCCUGAAGGACUUCCAGACGUAUUUUAGGUCACACUGACAAAUGAGUAAGUAUACUAAACCGCUAGUAUUGCAGUUGAAAAAUGAAGUGAUUGUAAAUUCCUCUAUAUCCUCGCUGUCUUUCACCUUUUUAGAGUCUUUUUUGAUAAAUUUAUAGGUAACACAUAUACCACAGCCAAAACUGCAUGUUACGGGGCUAUGAAGCCAUGUGGUAAGUUGUUUCAAUUGUAGAUGGCUUGGAGACAAGAUAUCCCGUAGGUUUUUCCCCCUGCGUGCUGUAAUAGCUGCAUUAGGGGUUAGUCUCUCUUUUAAAUGCUCAUCGCCGGUACGUAAUGGCCAGAAACGUUGAAGGGACUCUUUUACCUUACUCCAGCCAGCGUCAUAGGUAGCUAUAAGUCGGAUAAUAUUUGAAUCCUUUUGUGCUAUAGGGUUAGACUUAUUUAGCAGGGUACUUCGGUCAGAUGCUAGUGCUCUCUUAUAGGCCUGUUUUAGGCAUCUAUUAGGGUACCCUUUUUCCCUAAAGUGUGUUCUAAGACUUUUUGCUUUUAUGUUAAAUUCCUCGAUGGAGCUACAAUUACGUCUAACUCUAGGGAUACCUCUUCUCAGGGGUUGAGGAUGAAAGCUAUCCCAUCUGAGAAGAUUGUUGGACGCUGACUGUUUCUUGUAUAGUGUAGUCUGUAUGGUAUUGCGGACUGUAAUUGAGAUCUUUAGAUCGAAGAAGUUAAGACUUUGUCCCCCAAACUCGCACGUGAAUCUUAGAUUUUCAUCAUUGACAUUGAGAAUCUUAACAAACUCAAAGAAGUCUUCCUUGUUCCCCUGCCAGAUUAGCAAGACGUCGUCAAUAUAACAACGCCAUAGGAAAAUGGAAGGGAGGUACUUUGCAGUAAGUUCAGAUUGUGCAAUGUUUUCCUCCCACCACCCCAGGUGAAGGUUGGCAAAUGAUGGGGCACAAGCUGUCUCCAUCGCAAUGCCCCUCACCUGGUGGUAGAAUUUAUUCUUGAAGACAAAGAAAUUGUGAGUCAGUAUAAAUUCAAGAAGCUUCAGACAAAAGUUUGUAUGGGGGUUAUGUUGUUCACCCCUUUGUUCCAAGAAAUGUUUUGUGUGUCUUAUCCCAUUCUCAUGAGGGAUGGAGGAAUAUAGUGCCUCGAUAUCUAGACUACACAAAUUAGCUGACAGAGGAACAUUUAAAUCAGAGAGAAGAGCAAGAGUUUGCUUUGUGUCUUUUAGGUAAGAAGGAAGUCCCUCAACGAAAGGUCUUAGAAUUUGAUCCAUAGAUAUGCUCCCGUUUUGGGUCAUAUUUUCAAUGCCUGAUACAAUGGGGCGUCCGGGAGGGGUUUCAAGGUUCUUAUGAACUUUUGGCAGGCAGUAGAAAGUUGCUAUCUUAGGGUGACAGUUAAGAAUGUAUUCAAACUCGUCACCUGAUAGCAACCCCUCACUGCGGCCUAGGUCCAGAAUCUCUUUAUAUUCUGUAAGAAAACCGUUCGUAGUGUCGGACUUCAGGAUUUUAUAUGUUGUUCUAUGUUCCAGGACCUUCAUUACCAUUUCGGUAUAUUUGUUCAAGUUCAUAACCAUGAUAUUACCCCCUUUAUCUGCUGGCUUAAUAAUUAACUCAUCAUUAUCCCUAAGGGAUUUCAUAGCUCUUUUUUCUUGUUUGGACAAAUUCAUGUUUGGAAAGAACUCGAGAGAUCUAAUAUUGAUCUUAUCAAUUUCGUCUUUCAUGGUCUCUAAAAAGAGAUCAGUAUUCCUGUAAUUGCCAAGAUAUGGGGUAAAUCGACUCUUUGGUUUAAGAUCAGUGUAAAUAGGAGGGUUAACCUUAUGAUUCUCCUCCCACAAUUCCAUCAGGGUCAUCAGACAGUCAUAUUCAAUAGUUGAUAUUCCGUGUGCUCUAGCUUUGUUCUCCCUAUUAAUCUGAUGGAACUUGUGGAGUGCCAGUUUCUGUGCAAAAAGGUGAAGGUCUUUCACCCAUAAAAAUUUGUUGAAAGGGGGUACCGGUACAAAUGACAGGCCUUUUUCUAAUAAAGAGAGAUGGCCAUUAUUAAGUGUGUGAUAAAUUAAUAACUCUUAAAUUGGUUUUAGCAUUGUCAUUUGGCAUCAAAACCUCCUUCUCCCCCUUUCCCUCGCACCCCUCCUAUAUCCCCCUCUGUUUUGCCUUAAUACCCUAAAACAAACAAAGUGGGCAAUGGAUGAACCGUUCUGGGUUUUUUUGUGCUUCGAAGUUCCAUCAAUGGCGCCUAAAAAUUGGGUAGGGAAUGUAGAACAAGCUGGGGAGGGGGACAAAUAAGCAGUUUAGAUUGCCAUGACAGACAAGAGGUCUGUGCAGUCAUGUGGGCUGUAUCUCUUGUUCCGAUCAGGAGGUGGAGACAAAGGCGAUUGAUUGCUGGCUACAUUACAGCCACUGAGUGUUGAUUUUAUUCACAUAUCAAGUGACCAACAGAGGGUGCAGGAGGGAAGAGAAGCAGCAAAACAAUAUAUAUAUAUUUCCAAGUGGGAAUUUUUCAGACACUGUAACUUCCACUACAGAGGGAGACAGACCAGCAGUGAUAGUGUGUUUAACCAUUGCGGUGCCAGGGAGCUAGCCUGUGUUAACCUGGUGUGAGGAUGGUGAGGUGUACCUAGCCACUACCAGAGCCGUUUACAGCCGACUGCGAUUCACAGAUUCACAAAGUUUUGCAAUUUCAUGGCAUUUUUAUUUUAUUUUGUGGCUCUGCGCAAGUCUACUAAAUAAACCCCUUACUUCAUCCCUGCAUUGUUCAAAACGCAACUCUAUAGCUGUGUAUUUGGCUAAUUUUUUUCCCCUCCCCAUAAAAAAAAGUCUGUUGGCAGAUGGGAUUUGUGAAUUUGCCCCUAUGUGCCUGCCUGGUGUUGGCACUGAGUGAUAUCCCCCUGGCACAUUCACUUGCCAGUUAACCUUACAUAAACUCUCCAUUGAAUGGAUGUUCUUCUAAAACAGAAACUAUUACAAUGUUACCAGGUCCAUACAGACACGAAUAACUCAUGUAGGUAGUUAUAAUUUUAUUAUUCUUUGUUAUUGCGUUUUUUAGAAAAUAUGCUAUAAAUCGAGAUUAUAUUGUUGCUUCAUGUUUAGCCAUUCUACAUAUUAGCAUCUGGUGUCACUUGGGAAAAGAGAGGCCGGCGGUUUCCGAGGAGUUAAAUCUUUUGGCGAAGUGUUUGAUGCUAAUGUACUCUCCAUCCGACAUAUGCUGUAUGUGUCUGAUGGUAAAUAAAAAGGGGAUCUCAAUGAAUAACAAGGCAGAUGCAUCCAGCCUAUUAAAGUAUAUAUUUUCAUUUAUUUGAUAGCUGCCUUGCUGGCGAUAUUGCUCCUGACCAUUAACCCUUUGAAUCUGCGUCUCUUGUGUUGACACUGAAAAACGUGAAGGGUUUUAAUAAAUCCAUGCAUUUUCUGAUUUAUUAAUCCCUUCCUUUUAACCCGGUGUCGUGAACGGUAAAUGCAGUCAUAGGCUAUGUUAUGUUCCCCUCUUUCAGUUCUAUCACACUAUAUCCAAAGAUGGAGAGCAAAAAAAACGGGGAGCAAGAGUAUACUGAGAACGGACAGGAGCUCAAUUAAUCUGCCCUUCGGUGGGUCAUGCUCAGAACUCAAGUUGGUUUUAGCUCAUCUUGUGCCAUUACAGAGAGAACAUAUCUGAAGCAUAUCAGACCGAUCCCACCCGUACGGGCAGUCCAGAUCCGAAAUGCCAGUAAGUGUCCUCUGCACGAGAGACACAGCAACCCCAGACGAUCGUUUCAGCCUAGUUAGGCAUCAUCAGUGAGGCAUAGCUGAUAUCUCUCUAGGCACCGUGAGCAAGGGAUCCACGUCUGGAUUACCCUUUAAAUGUAUGGAGUGCAAAAAAACGGGGCGCAAGAAUAUACUUUGGGAACUUGCUGGCAUAUCGGAUCUGGACUGCCCGUAUGGGUGGGACCAGUCUGAUAAGCUUCAGAUAUGUUCUCUCUGUAAUGGCACAAGAUGAACUAAUAUCAACCUGAGAUCUGAGCGGGGACCCACCGAAGGGCAGGCAAUUUCAGCUGCUGUCUGUUCUCAGUAAACUCUUGCACCCUGUUUUUUGCUCUAAAUCCAAAGAUGGGCAACUCUAACAGGGUUAUUUAAUAAAGUGACAUUACAAAGUGACAUUCAAAUUUAAGGCCAGAGUAGCCGAAUUGGAAGCAUAGCUGUUGGAAUUUUUCCAUUUUUGACUAUUUGGCCUUAAAUUUGAAAUUCUGUUUGAAAUAAUCCCUUUAGUGAAUAAUCCUGUAAGAUACAGUGCUUCUGAUCAAUUGCUUGUGAGUUGUGUGUUCACCUACUGUGGCCCCUGUUCAAAGUAAUUAUAAAAAUAAAAAGGCUGCUUCCGUUAUUCUUGUCAUUUAAUUUGACAAUCCUUUCAUUUAAAGAACGGUGAGUCUCAAUCCUUAAAUAUCUCAACUCCCCCUGACCACUGGAAUGUCUUUGAUUAAAAACACCUUUCCCAAGAUCUCUUUGGUGAUCAAUAGAAUGCAUUUAAUAUACCGUACAUAAAAUGGGGCUAUUUAUUAAAAGGGGAAUUGUAAAACUUUGACAUAGGAAUAGCUAAUCAAGAAAACUUAACACUAUUUAUUAAAUUCUGUUAUUUAAAAAAAAAAAAAAAAACAUUUCCAGUUCCCAUGGCAAUACUCCAUGUGUCAUAAUUCCUGGUCUAGUGAAUGAAACCUAUUUUUCUUUUGGUUUUAUUUUUUGUGAUGGUAGUAUAGUUGCAUUGGGUCUAUCUGCAAUCCUAGAGGAUCACACAGGAACGGAUUGAAUAAGGUUGGAAGGUUUACUGGUAUAAAAUGAGCGUGAUUGAACAGUAUAAAUUAAAUGACCUUACCAUGACAGUAACUUAAUGGGAGUUGCAUUUCACAGCAGCUAGAAUGUUAGUCUUGGUCUAUCUUACUGGACUCGUUAUCAAUGAAUUAAUUAUAACGGUUAAAUACAAUUUAGAUUUAACCCUUUCGUGGCUGAGAAAGGUGAUAUUGGAGAAGGCUAGCUCUAUCCAAUUAUUGACCCGGUCCCCCCCCCCCCCACACACCAUUCCCCCUUCCUGUCCAGGAGUCAGACAGUGCUUGGCCGCUCCCUGGAACUGAAACGCCGGCCGGAUUCCUGCCUCUGUCAGACACUUGCUGCCAUGUAUUUUUAAUGAGCAGACAUUCUCUGCGGAGACUGGGAGAGAGCGAGAGCGUGUUAUUCUUUGGAGGAAGGCAGGGGUAAGGUGGAAGCCGAUGGGCAGAGGCGAUGGAGUCCAGCGAGGAUGAGGGGAGCUGGAUGGAAAAUCAGUGGGAGAAAUGGUAGGACGUGGGAAGGACGGAGAGAAUGGCCGGAAUAUGUGUGUGUGUGUGUGUGUGUGUCUGUGUGUGUGUGUGUGUGGUGGGGGGUGUACAAUGGGAAAUGUUAUGUAAACAAAAGUAUAUUAAUCAUUUUUGCACACUCAUAGCACCUCUAUAGUCUUCAAUAUGUUCGGCUCCUGCUAGGAAACCUCAGCACGCAUAAACAGCACCCCAAAAAAGGUCCUUCUAAAGCCUAUUGUACAGCACUCCAUAAUGUAUUGACGCUUUACACAUAGUAUCGAUAAUAACACAGGGACUGAUGGAAUGUGUUUAAUGUAUAUUAGCCAGAUUUCCGAAUACCUAGGGUGCAAUAACAAAAUAUCACAUUAACCCUUGACUAGCUAUGGCCUAAUAGUCUCCGCAUUGCUGUAGGACAGGAGGCAGAUUGCUGAUUAGCACUGUGUGUGCCAGGGCCUUGCUGUAUAAUUUGGCAUGGAGUCCCCAAGCCAGGGCUGUGUUUGGGCACAGUGACUUGCACAAUAGGCAUUAGGAUAAGCCUCCUCCUCCAUUGUAAGAGGCAUUGCCUGUUAGAGGGCGAAGGAUUUAAUUCAUCCUUACAAGGGCUGAACUUUUUCUACCGUGAGGGGAGUGAUGCAUCAACCCCACUGGCAAUGAACGGGUUAAUGGUGGGGCCUUUGCUAUCAUGAAACUGGGGCUGUAAUUAUAAAGAGGUGCUAAAAGUAGAGCAGUCACCAUGGAAACCAAUGGGAUGUUCCACUUUAACAACAACUUGUACUCCAGAAUUGUUUGAUUAUAUAUAUUAUUUCACUUUUAGAAUAUCCCUUUUCAGCUCACUCACUGCCUAAACCAUCUUGAACUGAAAUCGGAUUGUAACAAAUUAAGGUCCAAAUAGGCAAAGCAGAUUUAGAGAGGUUUUCGGAUGUUUUUUUAUUGUCAUUUUUGAAAUUGCUUUAGUUAGACUUUUUUUUCUCUCGUUGGUUAGCAUAAAAGCUAUGUGUUCUACUUUAUGUACAAUAAAUUGCUUUAAAGUAUCAGAGUAAUAUUAAAAAGUUACUCCAAGUACCAUGAUCACUUUAAUGAUAUGAAGUGGUGAUGGUGCCUAGAGUCUGUAUGUCAAGCAUGUCAAACUCAGAGGCUAACACGGGCCACAUGAACAAGGUUUAAGUUUAUGUGGGCCGCAAAAAACCCAAACCCUUACAUUUUCAUAGAAACGUAGGUUUAUUUUGAAAAUUACAGUAUUAAAAAAAAAAAAAACAGCAUCCACCUCUACUAAACCACCGCACCCCCUAUACUAAAUCCCAGUCCCCCCCUCUACUAAAUCCCAGUUCCCCCCCCCCUCUACUAAAUCCCAGCCCCCCCUGUAGCCAACAGGCAGACUCCACUCACAUUGCCGCUGCCAGUACGCGACUUCAGAGUCCGGCCUCUGGUAUACCGUUGCGUGCUUCUAUGCACCUCCAGGUACUCCACUGUCCAGUCGCAGCCAAUGCAAUACUGACACACACACACACACACACACACACACUCACUGACAGACACACACACACUCUCACAGAGACAGACACACACAGACAAUCACUGACAGACACAGACACACUUUACUUUAUUGCUCCCUACCUUUGGGAGCCGAUGUGGGGCCUCUCCCUGGGGUCCAGUGGGAAUCUUCUAUCUGCUCCUCACUGCUCCCUCACGCGGUUUAGUGAUGUCGGUGUCACGUAUUCAUCAGCACAUAAAAAUCUGGUUAAUGGCAUUUACUGUCCUGACAGGAAAAGUUGUGCCGAGCAACAUUACUGUCUUGACAGGAAAAGUUGUGCCGAGCAGCAAUCAUGCUCAUGGAAACCUGGUAAUUACUUUUCGGGUCAAAGGCCAGUCAUUGCCAAUCAAAUCCACAGGAGGCUUUUGUGCUGAGCAGCAAUAAAGCACAUGUAAACCUGGUAAUUUCCUUUGGGGGUCAAAGACCGGUUAUAGCCAAUCGGAUCCACAGGAUCCUCUUGCUCAUUGCCCUGUUGUGGUUUUAUGCCUAUGGUUAUCCGAGAGCGCAUUCCUGAUCUUGAUUUUCUGGUCUUUGACUUUGGCUUUGUUGUGACUUUCCUGACAUCUGGUAUCCUUGACUUUUGGCUUUCCCUCAUCUUUGUGUCUGAUUCUAUGUCCCUGACCUCAGCUAGUAUUUUGACUAUUCUUGUAGACGUUAAGUCUGGCCAGUCUAAGGUGCAGUUAUACGUUAUCCUUAGUCCUACGUGUGACACAGUACUGUGUGCUGGAUCAACUUGUAAUCCUGACAGCCGGGUGCCAGAAUAUGACGUCAUAUUCCAGCGCCCGGCAUGACUACAGACAGCGCACGCGAGGGAGCAGUGAGGAGCAGGAACAUGGAGCUCCCUCGCUGGCCCUCCUCCCUGGUCGGGUACGUUUUAGCAGAGUAGGCACCUGCAAUGUGGGGAAAGCAGGUGCCUACUCUGCUAAAACACCAGCAUCUACUCGCGGCUCGCCAGGCCGCAAAGAUGGUCCUUGUGGGCCGCAUGCGGCCCGCAAGUUUGACAUGCUUGCUGUAUGUGCAGUGGUUUACUUUGAAAUGCUAUACUCACUGAGUUUAAUCUCUUGUAAGAAGUGUAACCUCACUGUAAUAAGGGCAUCAUCAGCCAGCCGGGGACAAGAGUUCCAUGCUGGUUAAUGUCAAUUCUGUGCAUAUUGCAUUAAUUGACUGACUGUGAAUGGCCAGCUCAUGGUCUCAGCCAAUAAAUGGCCAUUGGAAUCAACUUCUGGCUUCUGCAUCUUACUGGAACCCAGGUAAGAGGGCUAACUGUUGGGGAAAGAUGAAGAGUGUUAUGAUGUUUUAACUUAUUGGCGCAAUUCUUUUGAAUUUUUGGAAUGAUCAGAAGAAGUGUAUUACAGUGCUAUCAAUAUAAUAUUGAUUAUAAUAAUAAAAGGAUAUGACCGAUGUGUUUUAAUGUGUAUUGACCUGCUUUCUAUAGACAUAGGGCCAUCUGUAAAAUAUAUUUUAACCUUUAGCUAGCAAUGUGUAACAGAAUAUCCUCAUUUCUACGUAGGAACAGUAUCAAGUAAUAUGGACGACAAAGGGACAGAAUAUUUGAGUUACUGGUAAAUAUAAAUAAGAGAAAAAACACUUACAAAUUUCUGGAGCUUAUGAUUAGCGCCAGAUUUCUGCACCUGGACGGUACAAUCCCCACCAAUCGAUAUGCUGAUGGCCCUGGUCCUUUGCUGUGAGAUGGUCCAAUGCCAGUGGAUAAGUUAUGGCAAUCAGCGUUUAGGAGUGUUCUCUUCCAGUAUGCAGUAUUGUGGCAGUGAGAUCACUCCAGUAUAUGGAAUGGAAAAUCAUAAUGUAGUGCUCUCUGUAUCUGAUAAAAUAUAAAAAAGAAAAAAAGAGGUAUACUCACAAAAAGUGAGCAAAACAGGUUGUGCUCAAUCCUAAACAGCAUAGGCGUUUUAUUCCCCAUCACGAAAAUCAAAGUGUGAAUCCUCUGGAUAAAAUCUCCACGGAUAAAAUCAGGAAGGUCCAAAUUGAUUUAUAAAUUAAACAAACAAACUAGUUUUAUUGAAAACAAAAUAAUGAAAUAAAUCCAAGCAUGAGCCACUAAUGCGUUUCGCCGGAAAUGAGGCUAUUUCAAAGUGCUACAGUAUAAUGGACCUGUCCUGAUUAAAUAGCUUAACAAUAAUAAAAAAAAAAAAGUCAGGUUGGUCGUUAAUCAUGUGACUAACAUACAAUUAACACACGACUUUAAUAAUAUAAAAUAUGCAGAAAAAAGGCUAGAAAGAGAAUGAUUAAGCUUGGAGAAAGCCACUCCCAAAAUAAAACAAGCAUUCUAGAAGAAAUGCUGGUACAAUGAACUUGGUGCACCAAUAUUGCACUGCGGCUCACACCAUGUUAUCGGCCCGAGCCACGUCGUCAUAAAAACCAGCCACGCCGGGACAUAGUGAUCAUUCUUGCACAUUAGCAAUGGUUGGACAGAAAUUGUGAAAUCAGUCCCCAAUGGCUGAACACAUCUUGGGUUUAGGAUAUUUCUUUUGGAAUUACAGAACUGCUUAGCGCUUUGUCAUAUUAGAUUAAUUAAGAUAAAAGCGAGUAUUCCUAUAUUUUAACAUUUUUAGAAAUUGUAUAGGGUUCUGUUAUUUUGAAUUAGAAAAUUGACCUCAUGCGGAAUAAGAGCGAGGGCUGUUGGUCUAUCAGGGUUAUUUACAAUAGUUAAUAUAAAUACAAAUACAAAAUAAGUCCUGCGCUCAAACUCCCAUCACUCUGACCAUAGUACACAUCAGCCUCAAUACAUACAGUAAAAACCAAAAAAGUUACCUGCGGCCUUCCCAAAUCCCUAUGUAUAUUUAAACAAAUGGAGGUUAUUUAGUUACUCCAAUGGCCAUAAAGGAUUUAUUUACUAAACUGAGAAUUCAAAAUGAAUUAAUGAAGUGAAGUAAUUUCUAAGAAUCUUAAUCUAUCCCCAAGGCUCAAGCUAUCUUGAAAGGAAGUCAGUUUGACUCAAAUGUGCGUUCUGUAUAGUAGUUCGACUCUGGAAGACCAUCACGGCUGACAAGCAGGGCCGCCACCAGAAAUUUUGGGGCACCUAACUGAGCUCAGGGUCUGGGCCCCUCGGGGCCCGCCUCCAAAACCGCCUCCAAAUCCUGCCCACAGGAAUACACACACAGACACAAACACAUUCACUGAUACAAAAGGACACAGAUACACACACACACACUGAUACAUACUAACAGACACACAUACUGAUACGCAUAUAGGCAUACAUACUGACACACACAUACUGAGACAUACACACAUAUACAGACACACAGGUGUACAUAGUGACAGACACAUACUAACAUACAUACAGACACACAUACCAAUACGCAUAUAGGCAUACAUGCAUAUAGACAUACAGACAGACAUCCAUACAUACAGACAUACAUACAUAAUGACAUACAUACAUAGACACAGACAUAUACAUACAUACAGACAUACAUACAGACAUACAUUAACAUACACACACAGCUCAUUUUCCAGCCUCCUGUCUCUUACCUUGUCUUUGCAGGAGGGUGGCUGGGGCUGAUGGGACUGGGAGUCGGCUGGCUCUCCCUCUUCAUUGCCGGGGCAACGCUCAGAUCUUGCGAGAUUGAACACUAGCACACACAUACAUCACCCUUAGACACACAUACAGCACCCUUCACACACAUACAGCACCCUUACAUACACAGCACCCUCACACACACAGCACCCUUACACAGACACAGCGCCCUUACACACACAGCGCCCUCACACACACAGCACAUGCACACACACACAGCGUCUACACACACACACACACACACAGAGUACCUUCACACACACACAGCGCCUGCACACACACACACAUCACCCACAGACACACAGCACCCUUACACAAAGCGCCUUCACACACACACACAGCACCCUCACACACACACAGUGCCUGCACACACACAUAGCACCUUCACACAUACACAGCGCCUACACACACACACACACACAGCACCCUUACACACACACACAGGGCUUGCACACACACAGCGCCUUCACACACACACAGUGCCUACACACACAGCGCCUUCACACACACACAGCGCCCACACACAGCACCCUCACAGUAUAUGUGUGUGUAUGUAUAUAUAUAUGUAUAUGUGUAUAUAUAUACACACGGCGUGUGUGUUUGUGCUUUAGUGUGCACACCCUUAUACAAUAGGCUGCGCACGCCUAUGCCUAUCUGUAUACCUUAGUUCUCUACUGGUUGUCUACAUUUUUCCCUCUGUCGGGCCCUUCUUUCUCCCUUCCAUAGCUCUUCUCUUGCUUUUUUAAAAUUCUUUAUUUAGACUAGGCAUGUCCAACCUGCGGUUGAACCGCUUGUAAUGUGAUCCAGUUGCUGUCCGGGCAACAGGGAACCCAUUAUUUACUAUGUCCUUUCUGCACAGCUCCCUUGUGUGCCCUGCAGGGAUCCGGCAGCUGGGAUAUGACCUCUUCCUAUUCCUCUUUACUCGAUGUGGCCUGGGGAAGCCAAAAGGUUGGACACCCAUGAUUUAGAGUCAUUGUAAAAGAAGCACUAACAGUGCAGCAUGCGGUUUAAUGUCAUCAACUCACUCUUCUCUUUUUCUAUUUUAAUCUAUCCCUGGCCUCUGUUUUUGUAUUCAGAACUUUACCUUAAAUAUUCUGUCUCUACCCUGAUCACUCUCUGCAACCCAACCCACCACUCAUUCUGAGCCUUACCUCGGCCCUUCUUUCUGUCUGUCUCUAUGUCCUGAGCCUUCCCAUGACCCUUCUUUUCUAUCCCCGGAACCCUUCCCUUGACCCUUUUUUCUAUCCCCGGAACCCUUCCCAUGACCCUUUUUUCUAUCCCCGGAAUCCUUCCCAUGACCCUUUUUUCUCUCUUUGUCUAUCUCAUGAGCCUUCCCUGGGCUCUUCUCUAUAUCUCUUGAACCUUCCCAGGCUCUUCUUUCUCUCUCUCUCUUUCUCUCUCUCUCUCUCUCUCUUUCUCUCUCUCUCUCUCUCUCGAACCCUCCCCUGGCCCCUCUUUCCCUCCGUCUCUCCUGAGUCCUUCCCUAUCCAUUCUUUCUUUCUGUCUCUCUCCUUCUUGAACCCUCCUUUAGCACUUCUUCGUCUAUGUCUCCUUUGUGCCCACCCCUGGCCCGUCUUUCUUUCUGUCUCUUGAGCGCAGAAAAAACGGGUAUGACUUUAGGGAUAUGCUGUGCCAUAAUCACUACAGUGGACUCUAGUUGGUAAUAUGACUAGGUUGCUAUUUACAUAGUUACAUAGUUGUCUACAAUGAAGAAACUAAAGUCUACCAAGUUCACCAUGGCUUAGUUUCAUAAAUCUCACGAUGUCCACUCUCUUACUAAAUUCUUAGCUCACCUGUUACUUGCGCUUGUCUGUAAUACUUUCAUGUAGGCUGACAUGUUUUUUUUUAGUUUUUUUUAUUUUACUGUUACAUAGCCUGUAUUCUCCUUGUCUCUUUGAUAAUUUAUACAAUUGUGAUCGAACUUUUAGUCAUAUAUAUAGACGUGGUUAUCUCGCCUGUGAACACAGUGCAACAUUCUCGACCGGUCAAGUCACAUUUUCAUACCUUACGCUGUCGUGUAAAAAUCGUGUUGAAAUAUCAUUACAAGCCUUUAUGUUUACCUCUGCAAUGCAAAAAUAAAGAAUGUUAAAAAAAAAAAAAAUUCAAAAUUUGAGAUGGGUAAUAGUUGUGGUAUAAGGGGUGUGUAGCAAUAUUGGGUUUAAGGUUAGAGUGGGGUUCAUAGGGUGUUUAGUUUUGUCUUCCAAGUACAAAAGUACCCAAUAUGUACUUUAUGGUGUUUUGGAAUAUUACAGGGUUAAAGUUGGGGUUUGCAAAAUAAAUUCUUUGGCCAUUCUGCCCUGAUUUGUUAGGCAGGUCCCUCUAAUUGCUAUUAUUAAAAUCACAUAUUUAUGUAAAAUAAAUAUAAAUAUACACAUUGAAUUGAAAUUUAUAUAUUUUAUUUUAUAAUUUUUUAAUUCAGCUUGAGACAUCCAAGCUAUGCAGUACUAAAUCAUUUCCCUUUAUUGUAUACCCUUUAUGUACCUAAAGCACCGAUGACAGCCACUGGAGGCAGACUUAGCGCUGCAAUGUAAACAUUGCCGUUUCUCUGGAACUUAAAUGCAAUAGAGACACUGUCUCAGGACAACUUCAAUGAGCUGAAGAGGUCUGGGUGCUUAUGGUGUCCCUUUAAUAUCCAAAUACAGUUAGAAUGAAAUUCCACAUAUAUAAUUUUUAUGAUAGAGAUAUAUAUAAAAACUCCAAGUAAGAAAGACUGCUCUCCGGUCUUUAAAAUCAAAAUGAAAAUAUUUAUUGAAAAAGUUAAAAAUAACGAACAACGUUUCGGUCCUCGUUCGGGACCUUCCUCAGGGUAAAAUAUAACAGGAUAUUUGACUCUGAGGAAGUUCCUGAACGGGGACUGAAACGUUGGUAGUUAUUUUUAACUUUUUCAAUAAAUAUUUUCAUUUCAAAGACUGGAGAGCAGCCUUUCUUACUUGGCGUUUGUAUCUACUGGAGCUCUGGUAGUGAGCCCGGCAUUGGAGUACCAAAAGCGUGAGUGCAGGGGUCUUGUGUAUGUAUAUAUAUAUAUAUAUAUAGUGAGAGAAAAUGUGGAAUGGUUAUUGAGGGAAGAUAUAUUAGCUCUGUUUUCAGUGGUGUAUCCUGGUUUUGUGCUGCCCUGGGUGAUGUCAUAUUCCGGCUCACUCGCCCGCCCGCGCAGCAGCCUGCCUGGCUUGUCAGUUAGCCGCAAAGCUAACAAGGCAUUUGCCCUGGGCAUUUGGGGCGGCUUUUUUUGCUGCCCCCUGGAAAAUGCCGCCCAAGGCAAAUGCCUUGGCUAAAACGUCCCUGCCUGUUUUACUAGACAGCAACCUGAGGUUUUUAAAUUAAAUGUCCCAGGGAGAAAUGUUAGGUUUGCAAGAUACAUUGUUGAAAGUUUGCAAACUAAGGUAAGGGUUCCUGGGGCCUAGCAUUUGGAGAGCAGGGUGGGCCAGUGGUCCAAUAGCACUAGCUGCUAAGUAACAGCCAGACCAGAACUUGUAUUUAACUUAAGAGUUCCACAGAUGUGACUAAUUUAAAUUCACCUGUAUCCGGUCAAUUAGCUGGCUAGCUUCUAAAAAGAAGUGUUAAGCCUGCUGCAGAGUGAGGGAGAAAAGGCCAACCAGAUAUAACAGAUUAAAGAGAGUGAAAUGGUGUUUAUCGCAAGUAUAUUUUGUUAUUGUAAGUGGGAAAGCCACCCAAUUACAGAUAGUGAUUUCUGUGUUUAGUAAGUGCACAAACAAGAGCAAGGAAUUUUGUUUUGUUUAUUUUUAUUUAAAGCACCAGUUUAUUUUUCUGUGUGUGUGUCUGUAUGACUGCCUGCCUGUAACUGUGUGUGUGUGACUGUCUACCUGUAACCGUGUGUGUUUGACUACCUGUGACCUGUCUGCCUGUGACUUUGUGACAGUCUGCUUGUGAUUGUGUGUGACUACCUGUAACUGAUUGUGUGUGUGUGUGUGUGUGUGACUGUCUGCCUAUAACUGUGUGUGACUAUGUGUGUGUGACUGUCUGCCUAUAACUGUGUGUGUGACUAUGUGUGUGUGACUGUGUGCUGUUGCCUGUAACUUUGUGUGUGACUGUCUGCCUGUGACUGUGUGAUGCCUGUAACUGUGUGUUUGUGUGUGACUGUCUGCCUGUGACAGUGUGUGUGUGUGACUGUAUAGGUGACUGUCUGCCUGUAACUGUGUGCGUGACUGUCUGGGCACAACUGUGUGUGACGUGAUUGCUUGUAACUGACUAUAUGUGUGACUGUGCGUAUGACUGUAUGCCUGUAACUAUGAGUGUGACUGAAUGCCUGUAACUGUGUGUGUGGGGUGCAGGGAUUUGUAGGAGAGGGGCAGGACAGGGGUUUUGUAGAAGAAACUGACAGGGGGUUUACAAAGUUUACACAUUUGUGCAAUAGAAAAAAAAAACCUACUGUUCCCAUUUUGCAAAGAUGUUUUGUUAGAAUUAAAUGUUUGUCUUGUCUCUUCAGAUUCUGUUGGUGCUUUAUAAAUAAUUGUAAUUGUAAUUGCUAUGACCCCUCUUACCUGACCACCUGACCCUAUGUGUGGGCCGGUGUUUUAAUGCUGCAUUCUAAUAACAUGACGUCUUCUGUGCGUUCUAAUGACACAACGUCUUCUGUGCGUUCUAACGACAUGACGUCUCCUGUGCGUUCUAAUGACAUGACGUCUUCUGUGCAUUCUAAUAACAUGACAUCUUCUGUGCGUUCUAAUGACACAACGUCUUCUGUGCGUUCUAAUGACAUGACGUCUCCUGUGCGUUCUAAUGACAUGACGUCUUCUGUGCAUUCUAAUAACAUGACAUCUUCUGUGCGUUCUAAUGACAUGACGUCUCCUGUGCGUUCUAAUGACAUGACGUCUUCUGUGCAUUCUAAUAACAUGACAUCUUCUGUGCGUUCUAAUGACACAACGUCUUCUGUGCGUUCUAAUGACAUGACGUCUCCUGUGCGUUCUAAUGACAUGACGUCUUCUGUGCAUUCUAAUAACAUGACGUCUUCUGUGCGUUCUAAUGACAUGACGUCUCCUGUGCGUUCUAAUGACAUGACGUCUUCUGUGCAUUCUAAUAACAUGACGUCUUCUGUGCGUUCUAAUGACAUGACGUCUCCUGUGCGUUCUAAUGACAUGACGUCUCCUGUGCGUUCUAAUGACAUGACGUCUUCUGUGCGUUCUAAUAACAUGACGUCUUCUGUGCGUUCUAAUGACAUGACGUCUUCUGUGCGUUCUAAUGACAUGACGUCUCCUGUGCGUUCUAAUGACAUGACGUCUUCUGUGCGUUCUAAUGACAUGACAUCUUCUGUGCAUUCUAAUUACAUGACGUCUCCUGUGCGUUCUAAUUACAUGACAUCUCCUGUGCGUCAUGUCAUUAGAAUGUUUUCUAACAGCCUACUUCGUACCCCUACUUUUACCUUUGUGUCACUAUACCCCACUCCCUCUAGAACAGGGAUCCUCAAACUCUGGCCCCCCAGAUGUUGCUGAACUACAACUCCCAUGAUUCUCUGGCUAUCUAUGUAAUUCAAAGAAUCAUGGGAGUUGUAGUUCAUCAACAUCUGGGGGGGCCGGAGUUUGAGGACCCCUGCUCUAGAAUGUAAGCUCAUUGAGCAGGGCCCUCGACCUCUCUGUUCCUGUACGUCCAGUUGUCUGGUUACAAUUACAUGUCUGUUAGUCCACCCAUUGUACAGCGCUACGGAGUCAGAUGGCGCUAUAUAAAUAAUAAUAAUAAUGACGUCUUCUGUGUGUUCUAAUGACAUGACGUCUUCUGUGCGUUCUAAUUGCAUCACGUCUUCUGCGCGUUCUAAUGACAUAACGUCUCCUGUGCGCUCUAAUGACAUGACUUCUCCUGUGCUCUGCAACUUGUGGAAAAGUAUUACUGAAUGAAAUGUGUGUAUGAGGACUAGCAGGGGUUAACGGAGUAUGGGAUUUAAAUAUAUGUAUGAUCGUCCCGUGCAAUUGAUGAUCAAGCAAAGCAGAUUUUGUGGAUGACAUUUCCCAGUAAUCUACCGGAUUCUUAAAGGCUCCCUUGGCCUGAUGGGAAAUGUACAUCGCUAAUAUCCUUUGUGCCAAGGUAAGCCUUCACUAAGUAGUCUCAAAUGAGAGGAGUCAGCCAAAAAUAAUAAAUGGCUCCAGUACCACUACCACAAGAUGCAUUUUAAAUUUCUAUAACAUCACCUUCUCUCCUACUAGAAGUGCAUUGGAACUGGGAACUUCAUAUCUCAAACUGGCUACAAUUCCAGUUAUUUUGUAGCAAGUUGUAACUUAAGAUGUUUCCAAUUAGACUUAAAGGGACACUAAGCUAAACAACUUUAGCUCAAAGGAUCAGAAACACAAACAUAUUUCUGACCCUGUAGUGUUAAAACCACCAUCUAGCCCUCCUGGCCCUCUCUUGCCUUCCUAAAUAUAGUAUAAUCUUACUUGUAUUCAAGUCUGCAGCUGCCGUCUCUGAUCUGCCUGCUGUCUGCCGACAUCAUCAUAAGUGGUGGUCUAAGCCAAUCACAAUGCUUCCCCAUAGGAUUGGCUGAGGCUGCCAAGGAGGCAGAUCAGGGGCAGAGCCAGCACAAGUCAAACACAGCCCUGGCCAAUCAGCAUCUCCUCAUAGAGAUGAAUUGAAUAAAUGCAUCUCUAUGAGGAAAGUUCAGUGUCUGCAUGCAGAGGGUGGAUACACUGAAUGACAGUGAUGCACAGUGUGCAGUACUGCCACAGGAAGCACCUCCAACAGCCAUCUGAGGAGUGGCCAGUGGAGUUAUCACUAGGCUUUAAUGUAAACACUAUCUUUUCUCUGAAAAGACAGGGUUUACUGCAAAAAGGCCUGAUGGGAAUGAUUAUACUCAAAAGAACAAAUACAAUAAGCUGUGAUUGUUUUGGUGACUAUAGUGUCACAUUAAUGAAGUUGUUUUGUUGUAUAUGUCAUGCCUCUGCCAUUUAGGAGUUAAAUCACUUUUGUUUCUGUUUAUGUAGCCCUAGCCACACCUCCCCUGGCUGAGACUCACACCGCCUGCAAGAAAGAAAAUUUUUAAAUUUUCAAUCAUAUGUUAAAGGACCACUAUAGUGCCAGGAAAAUAUACUCGUUUUCCUGGCACUAUAAAGCCCUGGGGGUGCCCCCACCCUCAGGGUCCCCCUCCCACCUGGCUCUGGGGAGCGCAAUCGUCCGUGUUUUUGCCCUCUUCCUAGGAUAAAUAACUACAAUUAACCAAGGAGAAGGAAAAACUACCCAUACGGAUCAAGCUGAGAAAAAUUCGGAUAAGGGGAGGAUCGCCUAAACGGAUCCAAAAGCGAUAUCAACUAGAGCUGAGUUUACAGCUCUCUGUUUGUGAGUUUAUCCUUAUAUUUUUACAUUAGAGAUUUUUUAAUAAUAUACCAUCUACACUAUAUGCGAUUAUUUUUUAUUUUUAGGUACUUGGUUACCGAUGCUGAACAUACCCCUCAGAGACUAUUAUAUAAGUGGAAAUUGAACUGUAUAAACGCUACAUUCUUUUCUGUUUUUUUGUUCUUUCAUUUGAGGUGUUGGAAGCACCACAUGAAUGUUUAGCAGCUAACUUGUAUAUAUUCGUUAUUCAAUGUAUUGAUUUUAAUUCUCUACAAUAAGCGCUGGUCCUUAUUCAUUAUAAUUAUACUUACCUUUAUUCCAGCGCCGGGCGGGGAGCUCUCCUCCUCCUCUCCGCCUCCGAUCCUCCCUUUCAGCUAAAUGCGCACGCGCGGCAAGAGCUGCGCGCGCAUUCAGCCCGUCUCAUAGGAAAGCAUUUACAAUGCUUUCCUAUGGACGCUUGCGUCUUCUCACUGUGAUUUUCAAUUGGAGGCUGGAUUAACCCUAUUAUAAACAUAGCAGUUUCUCUGAAACUGCUAUGUUUAUUUAAAAAAAGGAUUAAUCCUAGAGGGACCUGGCACCCAGACCACUUCAUUAAGCUGAAGUGGUCUGGGUGCCUAGAGUGGUCCUUUAACUUAAUUUAAAAGGUUUUAACUCCUCCUCUGUAAAUUGAACUUUAAUCACACAAAGGAGGCUCCUGCAGGGUCUAGAAGUGCAAUAAAUUAAGUUUAAACAUUAGAUCUCCAAUUAAAGGAAGUGUUUAGGAAGGCUCAGCAAUUCACAUGCAGGGAGGUGUGGCUAGGGCUGUAUAAAGAUUUAACUCCUAAAUCAUAGAGACUGCAGGAUCAUUAUCUAUAUACCAUAACUGUUUUCUAAGAUAAACUUGUUUUUGUGCCUGUAGUGUCCCUUUAAAGCAACACUAUAGCUUAAAUACAAACCUGUCCCUAUUUAGAUUCAGCUAGCCCCUCCGUGUGUAAGGAAAAUUAAUACACUUACCUUUUUUCCAGCGACACGACCCAAUCAAUGCAGUAGCAUCCAAGCCAGUUGUCCAUCGCUGUGCGUGCCUCCAUUCCAAUGCUUUCCUAUGAGCUGCAUUUGAUCACAUAACUAUGUUUUACUCGGUCAUUGUAGUGGGAGCUCCUCUAGUGGCUGUCUAGAUGACACUACAGGUGUGUUCAACGCUGUAAUGGAAUCAUUCUCGUUUCUACAAAACUGAAAUCUUUUCCAAAGCAAGGUUAAAACUACAGGAGGACUGCAUCCAGACCACUUCAUUCAGAUGAAUCCGUUAAAUCUACAGACUCCAAGUACCAUGACCUCUUAUUAUCAGUGAAGUGGUCAUGGUGCUUGGAGUAACCCUUUAGUCUGGACAGUUUCCUCAAAAAUCCAGGUCAAAAAUCGAUAUAAUUAUAUAAAACAAAAGAAUACAGAUGACAUUUUUUCCUACAAUCUUAUUUUUUUAAUAUCUUCUAGGUUUAAAUUAUUAAACUAAAGUAGUGAGAGUGGGGCAUUUAUUUGAAAAUGGUGACUUGAUGCCCCAGCUGUCAGUAUAAGGAAGGUGACCCAGCCCUGACAUAGGACCAUGACGGACAUAGUAAAUAACUGUGGACAAAGUAAAAAUCAAGAUUUACAACUUUUACAAGAAGAAUCGAAAUGUCUAAACCGAACCUACUGAGGGUUCCUGAGCGUAUAUGUCACCAGCAUUUCAGAAAUAAAAUAAUAUACCAUUAAUGUAGUAUGCAGCAUAUCCAGAAUGCAAUGCAAACUAAUCAAAUCAGUACAGAAGGCGGUGUGAUACUUUCCUUCCUUAUUAAGACUCUGAAGACAUGUUCUUAUAAUGUGAGUGAGCAGAUAAGAAAGUACGUCCCUCAUAAAGAAAGGAAAAUAAAUGCAUCUUUAAAAACUGUGUUAUCUAGGUGUGUAUAUUUGUGAGGAGUAUAUAUAUUUAUAGUGUAUAUGCAUAUAUAUAGAUAUAGAUAUAUAGAAAAAAAUAUAUAUUUUUUUAUUAUUAUUUUUGUAAUGUUUUUAUAUUUACAUCAUUCUCCUUUAACCAAUUUUCUUGCUCCUGAGAUGUGACAGAUUACAUUAUGCACAGCUGAAGCCUUGCUAUGUUAGUGCCUGCCUGUCGUAAGUGACAGGAGACUGACCUAAUUAUCAGAAGAAAGGGGAUGAGGACAGAGCAAACAAAACGAAAAAAAAAACCCGUGUCUCUGGAAACUCUGAGAUUACGAAGUACACAAGCAUUAAAAUGCUAAGCUCACACAGGCAAUCAAAUUAAAUUAUCAUUUUAUAAUGAGCUGGUAUGGGUACAAAAACCAUGCAGCCACACGUGCUAGAAACAAGGUCCUUGAGGGCAAUAGAUCAUUCUGCACUCUGUGCCCAAGAGAGGGGCUUCACAUCGCAGGCCUUACUCGUGUAUAGAAAUUUAAAAAAAAAAAUUAAUCUAUGUGUUUAACCUCGGUUGUCGCCCUCUUUAGGCUCCAAUUACCUAGCCGAUGAUAUUGCUAAAGUGCGCAUAUAACCAAUGCUGAAGAUUGUUCUCCUUUGUUGCAUACUUUGAUUUUUAGCCCUGUUUAUGCUUUACAGUUUUGAUAUUUUACCAUGCUAAACCACACGCAUGUACAUCAAAUGCUGUAGAAUUGUCAGGCGCACUUUUGACACGAGUACCAUGUCCUACGGUGCCUUGUUUCCAAUUUCUGCAUAUGUUCAGUAAUACUGCUUGCGUCUUAUCUCUGCCUACAAGGGCUAAGUGUAAUAUAAAUGUCCAGUAUAACGAUACAAAGUCCUCGGUGCUCCUUUGUUUGCAUACCUAAACUAAGCCUUACUAUGAUAUGCGUUGCCAUGUUUUCAAUAUAAUCAUAUGUUUCGUAUUACUAUUUGUUCUCCAUACUUGCUGGCAAACGCAUAACUUGUAUUACGCUAUGAUUGAUUAAAUCAAUAAAAACUAUUUCAAACAAAAACCACACAACUUUAUUAAACAGAGUGCAAAAAAACGGUCUACAGGUCUGCUUGAGAAUUUUUUUUUAUUAGUUUUUAAUACAUAUACAUACCAACAGUGUUAUGGUGGGGAAAAAUUGUGAAUGAAAAUCCCUUCCACCUGAAUUCAGUGGAUAGUCAAUAAAUUGUUAAACACAGAUCUACACACCAGUCAAGUCAUAAGACUUGCUUUUCCCACAGAAAUAUCAAACUUGCAGUGAUGUUACUGGGUGGGCAAAGGAUUCUGGGUGGGCAUAUGCAAAUUAGUUCAAAAAAGAAUCAAAUUUUUGCCUCAUUAUUCCAUUUUAAACAUGGAUUCUUUGGAGUUGAGGGAAAAACAAGUUUCAUGGCUUGACUUGUGUGACAUGUCAUGAUGCCCUUUUAUUCCAGAAGUUUGGUCCUUAAGGAAUUAAGGAACAUUCCGGGCACCAUAACAACUUCAUUGAAACCGUGACUAGGACCGGGCUGUUCUGAAAAGCUUUAGGUGACAUCAAUGAAAAAAACUAUGUAACUAAAAUGUAAUUAAUAACAAGAACAAUGUUUCUUAUUUACACAGACUGAUUUCUAAACAAAUUUAUUGUAGUUUAACCCCUUAAUGCCAUUACGGCAUUCUAUGCCGUCCCGCUUUAAUUGGGCUUUAAAGCCGUUGCGGCGGCAUAGAACACCGUAACGGCUUUGAGCCCUGGAGCGCCCGGGAUACUUACCUACCCGGCGCUCCCCUUCGGGAGGACUGCCUCACAGCCCAGGCAGCCCUCCCAUGUAAAAUGAGGACCUCGGGGGCCAUGUGAUCGCUCUCAAAGAGCGAUCACAUGGCCCCCUAUAGCUGGCUGUGGAUCUGCCAGCAGGGGGACUGUCUGAAAUGUCAGACAGUCCCCAUGCUGGUGGAAAGUGUAAAAAAUAAAAAUUAAAAAUGUUAUAAAAUAAAAUAAAUAUAUUUAUAAACAUAUAAUAUAUGUAUAUGUAUUAUAUAUAUAUAUAAUAUAUAUACAUAUUAUAUAUAUAUGUAACAUCAUACAUAGUGUAUUUUAAUAUUAAUAUAAGCACAUAUAUUAGUAUUAAAAUACACUUAGAAUGAUGUUACAUAUAUAAUAUGUGUGUAUAUAUAUAUAUAUAUAUAUAUAUAAUAGAUAUAUACACAUAUGUUAUAUAUACGUAUAAUUACAAUAAUAAAUAAAUAAAAUAAUAAAAUAAAUAAAUAAAAUAUUGAAACAAAAUUUAAUAUAAAUUAUAUAUACAUAUGCAAUUUCAUUCUAACUGUAAUUUGUUAUUAAUAUAUAUAUAUAUAUAUAUAUUGGUAACAAAAUACACUUAGAAUGACAUUCUAUAUAUAUAUAUAUAUAUAUAUAUAUCUAUAUAUAAAAUACAAAUAACCGCAAAUAUAUAUAUAAAUACAUAUAAUUACAUAAAAGAUUACAUUAGUAUACACGUAGAAUUUAAAUACCUAUAAAUGCAUAUAUAUUAAAAUUCUACGUGUAUAUUUAAGUAAUCUUUUAACAUAAUUAUGUGAUUUGAUUAAUUAAAAUUUGAUUGACAUGCCUGACAACACAGGGAGAAAGUGUACCUGUACAUGGUGGGUACUGUUUUACUCAGGAGACUUUGCUGAACUCAAAUAUUAGUGUUUCAAAUUGGUAAAUUGUAUUAUAACGAUGAUAUUUUAAGUAAAAGUGACGUUUUUUGCAUUUUUUACAAGCGAACGGCACUUUUAUGGACUAUAUUAUUGUUGUAAUAUGUUUUACUGUUUUAAAACACUAAUAUUUGUGUUUAGUGAAGUUUCCAGAGAAUAACAAUACUCCCCAUGUACAGGUUUUAUUGUGUUUUGGAAAGUUAGAGAGUCACAUAUAAGGCUUGCAUUUCAUUUUUUUUUAAAUUAAAAUUUGCCAGAUUGGUUAUGUUGCCUUUGAGAGUGUAUGGUAGCCCAGGAAUGAGAAUUACCCCCAUGAUGGCAUACCAUUUGCAAAAGUAGACAACCCAAGGUAUUGCAAGUGGGGUAUGUCCAGUCUUUCUUAGUAGCCACUUAGUCACAAACACUGGCCAAAUAUUAUUUUUUUGCUUUUUUUCACACAAAAACAAAUAUGAACACUAACUUUGGCAAGUGUUUGUGACUAAGUGGCUACUAAAAAAGAAUAAACAUAACCCACUUUCAAUACCUUGAGUUGUCUACUUUUUCAAAUGGUCUGCCAUUAUGGGGGUAAUUCUCAUUCCUGGGCUACUACACCGUCUCAAAGGUAACAUUAAUUCAAUUUGAAAAUGGAACGUUCUAUAUUUGACCCUGUAACUUUCUAAAACACCAUAAAACCUGUUAAUGGGGGGUACUGUUGUACUCGUAAGAAAUCGCUGAUUACAAAUAUGUGCAUUUUUUUGCAGUAAUACCUAACAGUAUUAUGACAUUCACAGCUAAAAUGUCAGACGGAAAUACAGAUUUAAAAACAAAUCUUAUUUUCUCAAAUUUUUUAAAUUUUAUUCAUAAUAAAUUGUGUUCCAUAUAUGAAUAGUUAAUGAUAAAUUAAAGCCCUGUUUCUCCUGAACAAAAUUAUAUAUAAUAAGUGUGGGUGCACUUAAUGUGACAGCGGUGAAUUACGGUUGAACAGACAUAUAGCGCAAAUUCCAGUUUUUGUUUACGUUUUGUUUUGAUCAGAACGUGCACUAUUGACUCCGUCCUGAAGGGGUUAAAGACACAUUACUGGGAGUAUUAUUGCUGUGGAGCUCUGUUAUACACUCAGACACAUUACUGGGAGUAUUAUUGCUGUGGAGCUCUGUAAUACACUCAGACACAUUACUGGGAGUAUUAUUGCUGUGGAACUCCGUUAUACUCUCAGACAUUACAGUAAUACUGAGCUCUGAGCCACAUUACGGGGAGUAUUAUUGCUGUGGAGCUCUGUUAUACACUCAGACACAUUACUGGGAGUAUUAUUACUGUGGAACUCUGUUAUACACUCAGACACAUUACUGGGAGUAUUAUUGCUGUGGAGCUCUACACUCAGUUAUACUGUUAUUGUCCCAGACACAUUACUGGGAGUAUUAUUGCUGUGGAGCUCUGUUAUACACUCAGACACAUUACUGGGAGUAUUAUUGCUGUGGAGCUCUGUUAUACACUCAGACACAAUACGUGUAUACACUCAGACACAUUACUGGGAGUAUUAUUACUGUGGAGCUCUGUUAUACACUCAGACACAUUACACUGUUAUCAGACACAUUACUGGGAGUAUUAUUGCUGUGGAGCUCUGUUAUACACUCAGACACAUUACUGGGAGUAUUAUUGCUGUGGAGCUCUGUUAUACACUCAGACACAUUACUGGGAGUAUUAUUGCUGUGGAGCUCUGUUAUACACUCAGACACAUUACUGGGAGUAUUAUUGCUGUGGAGCUCUGUUAUACACUCAGACACAUUACUGGGAGUAUUAUUGCUGUGGAGCUCUGUUAUACACUCAGACACAUUACUGGGAGUAUUAUUGCUGUGGAGCUCUGUUAUACACUCAGACACAUUACUGGGAGUAUUAGUGCUGUGGAGCUCUGUUAUACACUCAGACGCAUUACUGGGAGUAUUAUUACUGUGGAGCUCUGUUAUACACUCUGACACAGCAACAAUAUAGAGCGUCUUAAAAAAGAGGGACAUUAGGGCAGAAAAGAGGAAUGGAUGAAAUAAUACAGUCACCUUUACCGUCUUUGCUGCUAAUUCACAGCCAAGCGGCAGCAACAAAGAGCCCCUACAACAGUGAUGGCGAACCUUUUUGAGCCCGAGUGCCCAAACCGCAAUACAUGCCAACAUUUUUUCUCCUUAAAGUGCCAACACGGCAAUUAAACCCAAAUACUGAGGUUUAAGUUUAGAAAAAAACAACUCGUACUGUUGUCCGAACUAAUAACUUUUGUUUUAAAAGAACACAGAGAGUUCAAUUAUACAAAUUUUAAAUAAUGAUAUAAAUAGAUAAAAUUAAGCUUAUAUUUAUUAGUAUCUCCAACAAAUACAAUACAUACACACACAGACUGCUGAAUACAUACACACAGUCUGCUGAAUACACACACACAAGACUGCUGAAUACAGAGACUGAUGAAUACACAUACAGACUGCUGAGUACACACACACACACAGAGACUGCUGAGUACACACACACACACAGAUUGCUGAGUACACACACACACACACACAGACUGCUGAAUACACACACACACACAGACUGCUGAGUACACACACACACACAGACUUCUGAGUACACACACACACACAGACUGCUGAGUACACACACACACACUGCUGAAUACACACACAGACUGCUGAAUACACACACAGACUGAAUACACACACAGAGACUGCUGAGUACACACAGACUCCUGAGUACACACACACAGUCCGCUGAAUACACGCAAACACACACAGACUGCUGAAUACACGCACACAAACACACUGCUGAAUACACACAUACUGCAUUGAGGUGGGGGGUGCGUGUGUGUGUGAGUGUUGUAUGUGAGGGGUGCUGUGUGUGUGUGUGUGGGGGUGCUGUGUGUGUGUGUGUGGGGGGUGCUGUGUGUGGUGGGUGCUGUGUGUGUGUGUGUGGUGGGUGCUGUGUGUGUGUGUGGGGGUGCUGUGUGUGUGCUAUAUGUGUAAGGGUGCCGUGGGGGUGGUAGGGGUACCGUGUGGUGGGGGGUAGGGGUACUGCUGGGAGGGUAGGGUAUGUGUGAGGGGGGUAGGGGUACUGUGAGGGGGGUAGGGUGUACCGCUGGAGGGGGGGUAGGGGUACUGUGUGUGGGGGUUAGGGGUACUGUGGAGGGGGGUAGGGGUGCUGUGUGUGGGGGGUAGGGGUGUGCGUGGGGGUAGGGUACUGCUGGAGUGGUUGGGGUACCGUGUGUGGGGGGUAGGGGUACUGCUGGGAGGGUUGGGGUUACUGCUGAGGGGGUAGGGCUUACUGCUGGGGGGUUAGGGGUUACUGCUGGGGGGUAGGGGUGUAACGAUACCUUACCUGGGUCCGCCGAUCCCGCGCGGCACGACAGCUUCCCCGGCUACUUCCGGGAGGCGGCGCAGCCUCUCGGACGCUGCCCGCUCGCGGCAAAAUCCGUUUUAUGACGCGGCGCAUGCGCGCCGACGUCAUAAUGAUUUUGCCGCGAAAAUUCAAACGCGGCCACGCUCCCGAACCUUUUGGGGGCGUGGCUUUAAAGUGACACACACAUUAGUAUAAAAGGGCAUUCCUGUCCACACCUCAGUGCCCUAGUGUGGUUCUUGAUUGUUCCCCUAGUGCUCUUUUACUGUUUAGCUGUUUUUCUGGUAUUUUGACUCUUGGCUUUCGUUCUGACUAUUCUCCUAUCUGGCUCCCUGACUUUUGGCUUGGUUUUUUCGUAUAUCACGAUUUCCGUACUCCCUUGACCCUCGGCUUUUUCUUGACUAUUCUUUGACGUUAAGUCCGGCCACCCUAAGGUCCGGUAUACGUCCCUUUCAGGGUUACCAUCUGUGUGAAGGGGUCACUAUCGUGACAAGGGGUUACUGCUGGGGAGGGUAGGGGUUACUGCUGGGGAGGGUAGGGGUUACUGCUGGGGGGGUAGGGUGCUGGGGGGUUAGGGUUCUGCUGGGGGGGUGGGGGCUACUGCUGGGGAGGGUAGGGGUUACUGCUGGGGAGGGUAGGGUUACUGCUGGGGGAGGGUGCUGGGGGUUAGGGGUUACUGCUGGGGCAGGGUAGGGGCUACUGCUGGGGAGGGUAGGGUUACUGCUGGGGUAGGGUAGGGGUUACUGCUGGGGGUAGGGUUCUGCUGGGGAGGGUAGGGGUUACUGCUGGGGGGUAGGGGUUACUGCUGGGGAGGGUAGGGGUUACUGCUGGGGGGGUAGGGUGCUGUGUCAGUAUACCCCCCCUCCCUCCUUCUUACCUUUAAUGAAGUAGAGGGGGGGACAGCGAUCCCUGGUGGUCCGGUGGUGGUAAGCACUGCAGGGGGAGGGCUCCAGGAAGCAGCAACCCUGUCCUCCCGCGCAAUGCUGUGUGGAGCGUUGCCAUGGUAACGCGCGGCAACGCUCCACACAGCAUCGCGCGGGAGGACAGGGGAGCAGCUUCCUGGAGCCCUCCCCCUGCCUCCCGACACGGAAGCAGAGUAGGCGCCUGCCGUUUCGGGCAGGCAGGUGCCUACUCUGCAUUGAUGGCGAACCUGUGGCCGCGUGCCCACAGAAAGGGCCCGGCGUGCCACCUGUGGCACGCGUGCCAUAGGUUCGCCAUCACUGCCCUACAAUGUCAACAAGAGGCUCCACCAAUCAGGUGAUGAUCAGUCAAUGAAUAAUGUAGUGGCACCCACACUGCAGCUGCAAUCAGCCUAUCGAGAGGCCAAAUUACUUGUGAAUUAGUGUUGUGUUGCCAAGAUCUGUCUCUCUUUUUUUUCUCUUUUAGAGAGUAGGAUGGUUGGGGAGCAGCGAUAUUGGGAAAUGAACUAUUGGGAUAUUAGUUACUCUAAGUCGGAAGUAAACCUCUCUAUCGUAUAUCCAUUAUAUUGAUAAUGCAUUCAAAUAUUUAAAAGAAAAAUCAUUUACAGAAACAUAAUUCUUUAAAGAGGAACUGCCACUUUUCUAAAUGUUACACAACCCGUUAUCUUUCUAAAGAGUGGUUAUGACUUGUUUGUUUUUGUUUUUAAGGAAUAAAAAGGUUUUAGUUUGAUAUUGUAAGCUGUCGUGGCUCAGCCAGAGUGUGUAAUGCAAAUUUCUUUAACCACAUCAGUUAAUUGCACCGUGGUAUCAUUCUCUGUUUGUAUAUGAUGAUGCCACAGUGCUUGUCUGUUUGUUUCUAAUUAAGUCCUGGACCUUUAAAUAGCGAGCUGAAUUCUGAAUCUUUAUUUUUAUCCAUUGAUUCUUCAGGGCAACUCUGUCUAUUGCAAUAAAACAUACUGAGCUGAACAUCUUGACAUUUACUGCUGAGAUGAGAUGUUUCUUGCUGAAUUCGAGCUUGUGUCAAUCUGUAACCGUGUUAUUGCUCGAUCUUAAGGGCAAUAUUUAUAAAGAACAAUUCGAAAAGUGGAGCAGUCACUGAAUCGUUCCUGCUCGUUUCUCCAACUCCCAGGAUGUUUCCCCAGAAUUUGUAGAGUUAUUUUGUUAUGGUGAUCAUUUUUAGUAAUGCAAAGUGAAUUUAAAAUUUAAGGCCAAAAUUCCCAAGUUUGAAAAACUCUCAAGAUCAGCAGCAAUGCUUCCAGUUUGGACAUAUUGUUCUAAAAUAUUAGACUUUGAAUUCCCAAGAAAAUAGUGAAUAUCCUGAUGCAAAAAUAAAAUGUAAAAAAAAUGAAUAAUAUUUAGACAUUAAAAGAAAAUUCAUUAGUAGAAAUCUAUUAAAAACAUUGUGAGUUGCUAGUUUUAAUUUGGGGCAAAAAUAUUGCAGUUCCGAAGUUAUUUCUGAAACUAUUUUUAGCAUGCAGGCUAACAACACAUUAAUAAAACACCGCAAUGUGUUUUAACACAUGGUUUAGUGCAAGUGAUAUUAAUCGGGGGGCACUUUUACUUAUAAAUAUCACAGUAGCAACAUAUUUUUUGCUAUAUUUCUUUUUGGCUGUGAAAGCAUGAAAAUUAGGCAGAACGUUCCAUACUGCAAAUUCUUUUAUUUUUGAAAAUCUUUUUAGCACCCUUCGUUUUUACUAUAAUUUUUGUUCAGUUACCGUUGGUUAGUACUUGCCAUCGAUAGUGCUUCCUUGUGUUGUUUAUAUGCCUUUGGUUAGAACAUCAGUUUUGGAUUGGUGGGAACUGCUCAACGUUCUUUUACCUUUCAGCCCUCACCGCGUUGGUCUUCUCCAUGAAGCUCAGCCUCCUUGACUGAGUUCACAGAGUUUGAUUAUCUCAGCCAAUCCAAUGCGUUCCCAUAGGAAAGCACUAGAGGCUAGUGUGCAUGCGCGACAGACCAUCUGACUGAAAUAGUGCAAUGCUUUGAUCUAACUAUGGCUGCAUCCUCUCCUCUUAUGGGCCUUCAGAAAUGUCACGGGAUUGGGGGGGGGGCCCGGAAGCAAGUACCAAAUACCAAUGUGUGCUGGAUUAUAAUCCCAAACUGUUGAUGGUUUUACCUUUAGGCUCACACAUGACAUCACGCUGGAAGAAUUUGAAGAUGAGGAUUUAUCUGAAAUCACUGAGAUCACAGAUGAAUGUGGCAUUAGUUUGCACUGUAACGAGAGCAGACACUGCAAGGUAAGAGACUGUAGAGGACCAGAUCUGUGUGUGUGGAUAUAUAUAUUUUGUUGCUGCUUAAUCUGAGUUUAUGUGCUGGGUCCUCCUUUUCCUUGUGUGCUGCUCUGUGUAUAUUGUACAGUCUUUUUCCUCAUUUCUUGAGUGCUGGAGAAUAUUUUGGAAGUGUAUAAAUGCCAGUGACCAUCAAACUGUUCACUACUAGAUAUUAUUUAUAAAUUCACUAAAAAUCUCUGAGUUUAAAUGGACACUAUAAUCACCAGAACCACUACGGCCUAAUAUAGCGGUUCUGGGUCAUAGAGCCUGUUCAUGCAGGGUCAGCAGUUUAAAUGCUGCCUUUUCUAUGACCACCUUCGGUGGUGGUUUUUCAGACAGCCACUAGAGGGACUUCCUGGGUUCAGUCCUGCAAAGAUUGCAGGAUGACGUUCAGCGUCUCCACGCUAUGCAUAGAGAUGCUGAACGCUUCCCAUAGAGAUGCACUGACUCAAUCCAUCUCUAUGAGGAGAUGCAGAGUGGUGUAGUGCGGUGAUUUGCUGCGCAUGCGCACAAGUCCCAGUGAAGCAUUGGAUUGGCUGAGAUCAGUAAGAUUGAUGAGCUCAGCCAGGGAGGCGGGGCAACUGCUGAGCGUUGGGUGUGGCAAUGGCUAAAAGGUAAGUAAAUCUUUUUUGUUGCACAUGGGGACGGGUGGUUGUUCAUCUAAAUUGCAAAACGUUAUAGCGCUAGGAAUACAUGUCAGAAAUUUAUUUGAAUACAAGAAAUUUCAAUUUUUUGGGGACUGUUGUCCAUGAAAAAUGAAUUAGGAAACAUUAAAUUGAGGCUAAAUCAUUGUGAUGAACAUUUGGAGAUUUUUGCUAACUGAGUUUUGCAGGUAAAAUGGCAGAAACAUGCAAACUUUGUCUGCUGGCUGCACAAAUCAGAAAGGGGUUAAAUUUAUAAGUAAAAGGAAACCAGGUGAGUCUAAUUCACUAUUAAUCACAAGGCCCUGGGGGAAUGGCUUGAAUCAAUGGUAACAAAAAAAGGUUAGUUGCAAUCACCUAUUAGAUACUUUAUAAUAUAUUACAUAAUAAAUAUAAACGUUGUAUUAACUGCAUUUGCCGAUCUAUACUUAUGAGUUGAACUGAUUCAUAUUUCCGUUACUGAAAUGAAAGAUAAAUAAUUAAUCUCACUGUUCUGUGUUAAUUUUUUCUUUAAAUCUCUUUAUGGACGAGGAGUAAUUUUUCUAUCUGUUGCCAUAGUAACAUAGUGAUAUAUGCUAGUGACUGGAUUGAAGUGGCUUAUGUUCUGCAUAUUGAUAUAGAGUUCUCCAUUAAUCACUACAAGCAGUGUACUUUAGCAUUGCAGAAUGUGAAGUGGAGGAGGAUUCAUCAUUACAGAUCGCUUGUAGUACAGGGUUCCUGUCUGUCAAUUUAGAAACAUAGAAUGUGACGGCUCAUAAGAACCAUUCGACCCAUCUAGUCUGCCCAAUUUUCUAAAUCCUUUCAUUAGUCCCUAGCCUUAUCUUAUAGUUAGGAUAGCCUUAUGCCUAUCCCACGCAUGCUUAAACUCCUUUACUGUGUUAACCUCUACCACUUCAGCUGGAAGGCUAUUCCAUGCAUCCACUACCCUCUCAGUAAAGUAAUACUUCCUGAUAUUAUUUUUAAACCUUUGCCCCUCUAAUUUAAGACUAUGUCCUCUUGUUGUGGUAGUUUUUCUUCUUUUAAAUAUAGUGUCCUCCUUUACUGUGUUGAUUCCCUUUAUGAAUUCAAAUGUUUCAUAUCCCCCCGUCUCGUCUUUCCUCCAAGCUGUACAGGUUACAGGACGUGUUACAAUAUUGCUAACUGAGCACAAUGUAUCACUUGCUCCUGAAAAAAGGGGUUUAAUAUUCCAGGACACCCUAUCUGACAAGUGCCUUUAAAAUUCAAUUUUGUUUCAGAAAUACACAGAGUAUCUAAUUCAUUUAUUGUCACUCUCAGUUUGUGCUUCGUGGAGACUUCUUGGGGAAUCUAGCAAAGGGAAAAAAUACAAAAACGGACGAUCGGAUUAGGGUCCCAAUGGAUCCAGCACUACUAAGAGAAAUGCUAGAAUCAGAGAUUAUUUCUGUGUGUGCAAUGCUAAUUCUGGCAAGCAUGCUGCUGGGUUUCUUUUUAAUAAAAAUGAAUCAUAGAUUUUAAUGGCAUAUAAAAGCCAACUGGCACUCUGUACAACAACAUCAUUUGCCUUUAGGGAUGCAAGUCAGUUUGCUGCGUAGUUUUUCCUGCCAUAGAACUUUGAUGUUUUGUUUAGGAAUUUAAGGUGAAAACGUACUUAAUUACACUACAUUUAUAAGGUCAUAUAGCUCCAAAUAUCCAAAAAAUAUUUAUGCGCGGAAUGUAUCUGAGCACAAAGCAAGCCUCUGUUUGUUGCCAUAUCUUGCUGUGACGCUUGCCCCUUGCACUACUGUGUGCAUUACAGAGAAAGUCUGUGAACAUGUGCUAGAUUUGGGCAGAGAUGCUGCUAAGUCACGAGGUGGCAGAACCAUUUGAUGCCCAAUCUUUUAAUAAUUUUUUUUUGUAAAUAUCUUUUUAUUUGUUUUGAAUUUAAUUUCGAUACAUAAGUCAUAAGCAUAGACAAUGGAGGAUGACAGGUAGGUCCCCAAAUCUGGUAACUGAAGAUGUGCUUGCCUCUUAACAUGGGAGCGACGAGUCUGUAUAUCAAUUAUUAGAACAGCAUAGACAAUUAACAGUAAGUAUCGGAAUACCCGAUGUUCUCCUAAUCCUUUCAAUCACCCAACAUGCCGGCUCUGUCACCUGUUGCCAGGAGGACUAAGGAAAAGUGCAAUGAAAGCACAUUUAAAAGCUCUCGCGCUGCACUUAUAAUUUAAAUUCAGGGUAAUUGAGCCCAUGAAUGUGUGCUGCAGCAAAGCUCAAUGUAUAUGCAUAUGGCAGUUUGCCAUUCUAGCGCGCAUGCACCAUUGGAUGUUGCACCUACUUUGUUGACGGGCAUGUUGUUAGUAUCACUGACUGCAUCAUGCAUACACCCACCAGUCAAAGCCAGAAUGAUACAAUUACAAUGUAAAGGGUUGAAACGGUAUCCUUGUAAUGUGACUGACUCCAUCUUUAAUACUAAAACUUGUCUUCAGUGGCUUUUUUUAAAGGGAGCUGUUUCUAAUUAUUCUUAUUAUUACUGAUGUUUAUAAUGCCAGGGACCUCUCCUCUCCGGCCGGGUAAUUUUGGCAGAGUAGGCACCUGCAAUGUGGGGAGAGCAGGUGCCUAUUCUCCUUUAGUAAGUAUGGCAAACUCGUGGCUCGCUGGGCCGCCUACAUAUUAAUUGUGGGCCGCAUGAGGACCGCGGUUCUGCGAGUUUGACAUGCUUGAUGUGAAGUGACUAAGGAGGUAACAGAAUGUGAUGUCAAACAGCUGGAAGGGUGUGCUCCACGGUUAGAAUGAACUAGGGUGGGUAGAUGCAUAGCAGGAACCAGUUUAUUUAGGCUGGUUUGUGGAAUAAGGCCUGAGAGUUGCAGUAAGACAUACCUCCCAACAUUUCAAAUGGACAAAGAGGAACACUUUAAUUUUAGGGUUGUGGCCAGGGGGUGGGGCUGUUCUUAUAAAUUCUAGGUGACUUACGAAUAACAAUUUAGAAAGCUUAAAUGUAAUUUAGAACAAGAACAAUGUAUCUUAUUUACACAGACUGAUUUCUAAACACAUUUAUUGUAGUUUAAAGACACAUUACUGGGAGUAUUAUUGCUGCGAAGCUCUGUUAUACACUCAGACACAUUACUGGGAGUAUUAUUGCUGUGGAGCUCUGUUAUACACUCAGACACAUUACUGGGAGUAUUAUUGCUGUGGAGCUCUGUUAUACACUCAGCACAUUACUGGGAGUAUUAUUGCUGUGGAGCUCUGUUAUACACUCAGACACAUUACUGGGAGUAUUACUGCUGUGGAGCUCUGUUAUACACUCAGACACAUUACUGGGAGUAUUAUUGCCGUGGAGCUCUGUUAUACACUCAGACACAUUACUGAGAGUAUUAUUGCUGUGGAGCUCUGUAAUACACUGACACAUUACUGGGAGUAUUAUUGCUGUGGAGCUCUGUAAUACACUCAGACACUAACAAUAUGGAGAGGAGGGUUACUAGGAGAGAAGAGGGACAGAGGGAUUUGAGGCCCAAAAAGUAAGUGGCUCAGUUUGUUAGCUGGUUUGUGGAAUAAGGUCUAAUGAUCAGGGGCAAGGUAUGGGUGAAGAGAUAGAGCAAACAUUUGUUUUAUAAAAUUUAAAGGAUCACUAUAGGGUCAGGAACUCAAACAUGUAUGGUGUUUAACCCACCAUUUCGGUGGCUUUACCCCCCCCAUUAAUCUGUAGUUGUUCUGGUGACUAUAGUGUCCCUUUAAAUAUUUGCCAGACAGAUUCUAUCAGCCAAAAUGUUAAUAACUCUAUGUACCUGGAAUAGUGGGUAAAUAUAUUCAUUGAAACUUACAAUGAACAACUGCAUGUACAGAAAAUUACAGUGCUAAACUACAAGGAUAAAUGGUAACAUGUUGAUUAGGUAAGUGGUUAUAGUGCCCCUUAAAUGCAAGGUCUACUUUUAGGAUAGGUCACUAUAUUUGUUGCAUAGGGGGUAUAUUACUAUCCCCUCAGUGUUUAGCUUUGUAACUGCACAUACUAUUAUGGCUGUAAUAAUGCCAUUCUCUAAGAAAUGCCGCAGUGUUACAACGAUUCUUUGUGUCAUUUUGCCAGUGCCAAUGUAAUAUUGAAUUAUGACUUCCGAGUCAGUUGCCUUUUGUUUAAAUAAGCUCAUUGGGUGGGUAGGCAGACGGUUAUCUGGAUAUGGCCUGGAUUGGUAUAUGGACUAGGUCCCUGGACAUGGUGGAGAGGCCAUAAUGCUGACGAUAGGAACAAUGAUCCCAGCAUUCCGUGAUUUCCAGAGACUCUGUGUCAGACUAGGACUAUUGCCAGGUGUGCCUACAGGAUCCACAGAAUGGAUGGGCGUAAGGAUAGUAUAGCCAACAGAAAUGUGGGUUCCAAAGCUUGAGUAAUCAGCUGAUACUUUGGUUUCCAUGGGGAUUACAGAAUUUGAACCCACGUUUCUGUUAGUGACACUUUUAUAAUUCUCCCAUAGAGGGAUAUUCACUAACAGUAAAUUUAAAAUUUAAGGCGAAUAGCUGAACCAGAAACAUUUUCUAAUUUAGCCAUGCUUCCAGUUCAAUUACUUUGGCCUGAAAGGAACACUAUAAUGUUAGGAAUACAAACACUCUAGUGCUGGAGUGGCUGUAUAGGCGACCGCCCCCCUUUCUGUAAAAUAAAAAGGAAUUUAAACAUACCUUUUCUCCCUUGCCUCCAUGGUUGAGAUCCUAAAUCUUCAUGAUCUCAGUUAAUCCUGUUGGAAAGCAUUGGAAGGUUAUUGUGCAUGCGCAGAAAAACGAAGCUCCUCUUAGGGAACGUUCAGCGCCUUCAUGCAGAAUGUGCGACACUGGACUAGGAAGCACCUUUAGUAGCCAUCUGAGUGACUGCCACUAGAGGUGUCCAUAGGCAGCAAUGUAAACACUGCCUUUUCUCAAAUUAGAUGUAGUGGUUCUAAUGACUAUAGUGUCCCUUUAAGUAUAAAUUCACGGUAAAUUGAAAGUGACUUUCAGCUAAAUUUAAAACAUAGCUGGUUUGAAGAUAGUGUUUUUUUCAGUCUGGGUACUGGACCUAAAAUUGCAAUUCACUUUAAAUUCACAAUGAAUUGUAAUGAAUUGAAAACCGAAUGGCAAAAUUCAUGCAAAAAGCUGAAACAUUUAUAGUUCAGGUCACAGCUCAGCUAUUUUAACCGAAAUCUUUAACUCCACUACAAUUCACUGACAAAUGAAUAGAUUUUGUAAAUCACUCACGUUUACUGCAUAUUAAAGCAGUAAAUUACUAUAAAGAUUUAAAAUACUAGUUGGCUUUUUUUUGUAUUUCCAUCUUUUUUAUAUGCUACUAAUCAAGUGCCACGCCUGCGGCAGAUAUUUAAUUUACUGCCUUCUCAAAGAGACUAAUGUUUGGAUACAUAAUACCACUGAAAUAAAAAAAUAUAAAAUAAAAAUGUCUGGCGUUCUAUUGUUUACAACAAGGCUGCAAGAUAAGAUUUCAAUGGGUUUUCUUAGCAGUAUUAAAAUGAAUGAAAUAAAAAAUUCUAGAAUUUCCUAUUGAAUUGAAUGUGCACGCAGACUCUGUGUAUGUUCAUGUAUUCUGUUUGUCACUGUGUAUUUUCUGUGUGCGCACAGCCAGCCUCUGUUCAGGGCACACAGUCCCAGCAGGGACCUGAGGUCAUGUUUUGUGUGACGUUCCCCUCCCUCUGUUUUUUGUUCCAUUAUUCCCACACUCCCUGUUUCUUCCUACACGUUGUUGUUUUCCCUUUGCUCUUAAUUACUAUUCUGUGUGUGUGCCUGUCCCGUGAUGGCUGUCCCACUCAGCCUUUUCUGGGACAUCGUGGCCUUCUUUGUUGUACAGUUCCACUUGUUACAUAUCUUGGGUUGUUUCUACGCAGACAUUGUCCGUUUAGAUCCCUAUGCACCGUCGCACGCGGUCUGCCAUUAGUUUGUAUAAUGUCGCUUGCCUCCGUAGAGACAUAACUUUUGCCAUUGUGUUCCCCUCCCUGCAGCGUUGACACUCACCCCCCCACCUCAGCAGAUGAUGUCACUCUAACUCUCCCUCCCUCUUGUCCCAUGACUCUGUCUCCUGAUCCCCCAGAGCUGUCUGCUUGUCGAGCCAGGACCAGCCCCAGGAGGGGUGGGGGCUGCCAGCCGGAUCCAGGCAGAGAUGCUCCAGUUGGAUCUAAUUGAUGCUGUACAGAUCCACGAAGAAGAGACAGUGCCUUCCGCUGACCCCCGACCUCUUCUUCCUUCAUCCAUGGAUACAUACAGGCCCAAGAGACCCACGACCCUCAACCUCUUCCCCCAGGCCCCUCGAACACAGGUAAUGACAGAAGUUCGCAAAAAUGUAUAGGUACUGUAAAUAUGCCAGAACAUCAGCUGAUACAAUCAGGUCACACAUGGCACCAGUGCUUUGUGUUUGUAGGACAAAAAGUGCCAGUACUCAUCAAUAGGUACCAGUGCUCUUCAAUAGGUACCAGUACUCAUUAAUAGGUACCAGUGCUCUUCAAUAGGUACCAGUGCUCUUCAAUAGGUACCAGUACUCAUUAAUAGGUACCAGUGCUCUUUAAUAGGUACCAGUACUCAUUAAUAGGUACCAGUACUCUUCAAUACUAUAGAAAAAGUAAUCUGGUCUUCUGUAUGGUCUAUUGCAGAGGUGGCGAGAGUGUAAAUCCAGGUAUUGCAGAACUACAAGACCACUGACAUUUGCCAGGGUCAGUCAAAGGAUCAUAGCAGACGUAGUUCUAUAACAGUUGUACAAUAAAACCACAUUCAACUUCUCCAUUACAUCACAUAAGGGAUAAGGUGAAUUGUGUUUUAUUGUACAUUUGUAAGGUUAAUAGGUUAGUAGGUCCUCCUAUUUUUCACUUAUAUCCCUAUUUCAAAUCCACUUUUCCCCAAGGCUUAGGUUUCCACCUAACCUUUGUAUUGUAGUUCUAUAACAGUUGGAGAUUUAACUUUUUGGCCACCCCUGGGCCUUGACCCAUUUUGAUCUUAAAUAUGGUGUUCAAAUGACAUACUCCUCGAGUAUCCCCACAAUACAUUCCUACAUCUAAAUCUGUUCUUUUAUUUUUAACAUAAUAGACUAAUAACCGGGCCACAACUAUAAUAAUAAGACUACUCAUUUUAAUGCACUUAAAUAAUAAACAAAACGUGUUCAUUCACAUCCCUCCUCCAUUCCCAAGAUGAGAUGUGAAAUACUUAUUAAAUUUUCUUACCCGUAGAAAGGUAUAAAUAAGAAGCAACAUACAGAAAUCGAUACAUAUCACGUGGGAGACACAUGCUGCCAUACAUAAAGCACAUGAACACGUAAGAGAUAUACAAAUAUCUGUAAUUAUACAUACAGGCGUACAUUUUAUAUAUGUUACAUGGAAACGUAGGUUGCAAUAGCAAAGAGGAACCUGUCUAGGCUACUCUAUAUGAAAUAUCAGAUUUAUUCUGCCAGUUUGUUUAUGGUGGCUUCGUCCAUUUUUAAAUGAGCUAGCCUUUAUUCCUUCCGCUGGAAGACUAUUCCGGGUAUCUACUACCCUUUUACUAUUUCCUCAAUAAUGCCGCUAUGUUCUUUUAAUACUUUGCACAAAAAAAAUCUUCCCCAAAGUAGAUGUGGUGUUUAAUUUUACUGCACGCCAAAAGCAGCGCUCGGUGAAACGCAGGGCAGUCCUUGCAUCGCCUGCCGCUAUGGAGCUAAAACUCCCAUUAUGUUUAGCCAGACUCCUGUCCCUGAGCAUUGCACUAUAAAAUGUGUCUGUGUGGAUACUUAUAUAUAGCAAAUACAAAUAGCCAGGAUAUAACCUUAAUAUUAUGAGCAAACCAGUGUGACAGCUGUCUGAGUUGGUACAUGGAAACACCAGGCCCUCUCUGAAGCCUGUCUGCAUGUGUGGGUGAAUCUGGUGCCUAUUUGCAUGCAUGGGGGGUUGCAUACACACAUACAGACUCUUUUCUCUCUCUCCCUCUCUCCCUCUCUCUCUCUCUCUCCCCCCUCUCUCCCUCUCUCUCCCUCUCUCUCUCUCUCUCUCUCUCUCCCCCUCUCUCUCUCCCCCUCUCCCCCUCUCCUGGAGCAUCAUACCUCUUCAAUACACUGAUUUAUUCUCCGUACUAUAUUAAACUAAUAGUUGACGUCUAAACUGCAUUUUUUGGGUAAUAACCUUCCAUUAGCUUUGAACAUAAUGACUUGUGUGAAGUCAAUCAGUAUGCGGCCCCUUCCAAUCCCCUGUUAUUGUGAUUAAAUACACAACGCAGGCUCACAGGCCAGAGGAGGUGGGGGCAUUGCUGACGCGUCUGUCAGGAGCCACAGAAUAUCAGAAUAUCCCUGACAGAUGCUCUGUACUCACACAGUAAUCUCAGCUAAUAGGAGACAUGUAAUCCUGUCAGUGGCUGCUAAUGGGAUGAGGGCAAAUGGUUUAUCCACUGUGUCUUUCAAUAACCUCCAGGCAACUCCUACCCCUGUCACUCCUAUCCACAACGUCUAUGAAGUCUAUAACUUAUAUUCACUCUCUCCUUAAAGUCUGUCAGUUUCAUCCAUGCUUUUCCUGAAACCUUUCAUUCAAUCCUUAGCUGGUGCUCUCUAGUCUGUUCUAGAACUUCUCGGUAUUUAUUCUUCCCAAUCCACCCUCUUCAAGACUUUGGUAUAUCUGCUAACUGCUUUAUCUCAUCCCAGGAAUGCACUUUCAUAUACCCGGCCUCUCUCAGGGUACUCCCUCUCUCCAACCGGCCUCUGUCAAUGUACUCCCUCUCUCCACCCGGCCUCUCUCAGGGUACUGCCUCUCUCCACCCGGCCUCUCUCAGGGUACUGCCUCUCUCCACCCGGCCUCUCUCAGUGUACUCCCUCUCUCCACACUGUCUCUCUCAGUGUACUCCCUCUCUCCACUCUGUCUCUCUCAGUGUACUCCCUCUCUCCACUCUGUCUCUCUCAGUGUACUCCCUCUCUCCACUCUGUCUCUCUCAGUGUACUCCCUCUCUCCACGCUGUCUCUCUCAGUGUACUCCCUCUCUCCACGCUGUCUCUCUCAGUGUACUCCCUCUCUCCACUCUGUCUCUCUCAGUGUACUCCCUCUCUCCACUCUGUCUCUCUCAGUGUACUCCCUCUCUCCACGCUGUCUCUCUCAGUGUACUCUCUCUCUCCACUCUGUCUCUCUCAGUGUACUCCCUCUCUCCACCCGGCCUCUCUCAGGGUACUCCCUCUCUCCACAUUGUCUCUCUCAGGGUACUCCCUCUCUCCACACUGUCUCUCUCAGGGUACUCCCUCUCUCCACUCUGUCUCUCUCAGUGUACUCCCUCUCUCCACCCUGACUCUCAGUGUAGUCCCUCUCUCCACGCUGUCUCUCUGUGUACUCCCUCUCUCCACCCUGACUCUCAGUGUACUCCCUCUCUCCACGCUGUCUCUCUGUGUACUCCCUCUCUCCACGCUGUCUCUCUGUGUACUCCCUCUCUCCACGCUGUCUCUCUGUGUGCUCCCUCUCUCCACGCUGUCUCUCUGUGUGCUCCCUCUCUCCACGCUGUCUCUCUGUGUGCUCCCUCUCUCCACGCUGUCUCUCAGUGUACGCCCUCUCUCCACACUGUCUCUCAGUGUACGCCCUCUCUCCACCCUGUCUCUCUCUGUGUACGCCCUCUCUCCACCCUGUCUCUCUCUGUGUACUCACUCUCUCCACUGUGCAUCUGUCAGUGUACCACCUCUCCCCACACCAUGUCUCCCAGGGAAUGUCGUCUCCCCAAACUACCUCUCCCAGGGUAACCCUCUCUCUAUACUACUCCCUCUCCCCACUCUGCCUCUGUCAGUGUACUCCCUCUCCCACACUAACUAUCCCAGAGUAUGCCCUCUCCCACACUACCUAUCCCAGGGUACACCCUAUCGCUAUACUACUCCCUCUCCCCAUACUACCUGCCCCAGGGUACUCUGUCUUGCUAUACUACAUCUCACAGUGUACACACCAUGUCCCCACACUACCUCUCACAGCGUACACACCAUCUCCUCACACUACCUCUCAUAGCGUACACACCACCUCCCCACACUACCUCUCACAGCGUACACACCACCUCCCCACACUACCUCUCACAGCGUACACACCACCUCCCCACACUACCUCUCACAGCGUACACACCACCCCCCCACACUACCUCUCACAGCGUACACACCACCUCCCCACACUACCUCUCAUAGCGUACACACCAUCUCCCCACACUACCUCUCACAGCGUACACACCACCUCCCCGCACUACCUCUCACAGCAUACACACCAUCUCCCCACACUAACUCUCACAGCGUACACACCAUCUCCCCACACUAACUCUCACAGCGUACACACCAUCUCCCCACACUACCUCUCACAGUGUACACACCACCUCCCCACACUACCUCUCACAGUGUACACACCACCUCCCCACACUACCUCUCACAGCAUACACACCAUCUCCCCACACUAACUCUCACAGCGUACACACCAUCUCCCCACACUACCUCUCACAGCGUACACACCAUCUCCCCACACUACCUCUCACAGUGUACACACCACCUCCCCACACUACCUCUCACAGUAUACACACCACCUCCCCACACUACCUCUCACAGCGUACACACCAUCUCCCCACACUACCUCUCACAGCGUACACACCAUCUCCCCACACUACCUCUCACAGCGUACACACCAGCUCCCCACACUACCUCUCACAGCGUACACACCAGCUCCCCACACUACCUCUCACAGCAUACACACCAUCUCCCCACACUACCUCUCACAGCGUACACACCAUCUCCCCACACGAACUCUCACAGCGUACACACCAUUUCCCCACACUACCUCUCACAGCGUACACACCAUCUCCCCACACUACCUCUCACAGCGUACACACCAUCUCCCCACACUAACUCUCACAGUAUACACCCUUUACCUACCUACGCUAAGUCACUGAUUCACCACUCCCAGACCAAACCCAACUGUGCCUUGUUUCUGUCACUUGAAGGCCAUACUGCGUCCCUACCCAGUCACAUCAAGACCACAAUCCGUCAUUUGUACCCAAGAUUUUAUUACAUAAGAUCUACAUUUGUUUGCCUCUAUUUAUCCUCUUCUCACUUUCAUUCUAUAUUUGUUGCUCUGCUUUUUUCCCCACCAGUUCUGUCACUCUUUCUCCUCUCUUUAAAUCCCCCAUUCCAUGCACGGAGCAGUGGUUGCCAUGGUUACAGCAGCUGGAGAAUAGCUGCUCUGGGCUUGGGUGAAUCAUCAGGGAUCCCUUAGUCUAACACCAUCUCUCAGUCUCCCAGCCCUUUCCACCUAAAGCAAACACAGAUCAAAGGGUUAUGCCAUUAAUGUUUGUGAAGGCUGCACACAGACGCUUCUCGGAUUCUGCAUGACCGGAGGGUCGAUAAUGUAGCUCUGUAAUAAAAAGCACCGUCUGAUGCUGGAAAUUAUUGCCAACAAUGUGAGAUUUAAAUAACAGUUUGAUCUCUUUCCUUUUGGUACCACGCUGCACUAUAUGUCUGCGCUAUGCAGAUACACUCAUUGGGCUUUAAUCUUAGUCAUGUUUUUUUUAAUAUUUUUCUUCUCCUUCAGGACACUCUAAAUAAUAAUUCUCUGGGGAAGAAAUACAGCUGGCAGGAUCGUGUUUCUCGCUCCUCCUCUCCCUUGAAAACUGGUGAGCAUGUCCUAAUCUGCACACUUCCAGGCCUUAUUCUAGAGCAUAUGAAACCCUGUGCCACAAUGGCGGGAACACCCACUCCGCACAGUUGGACCCCAGUCUAUAUACACCAUAGAGUACUGGGCCGAUAAUCUGCAUUACGAUACAUAGUGGCUACUAAGAAGGGUCAUCUAACCUCAAGGUAUCCAUCUCAUCCAACACGCAGUCCUGAGCAGCCCCUUAUAAACGGUGAUGGUUGUUUCUAUGCCAGGCAUCUCAAACUAUGUCCCCCAGAUGCUGCCAAACUACAACUCCCAGAAGUCUCAGGCCAUCUAUUGCAACAUCUGGUCAACCAGAGUUUGAGAUCCCUGGGUAUUCAGCUAGCGCGUUUAAAACUGGCACUCAAAAUUCACUAGUCCUGGGAGAUGGCACCGAAUGUCCAACAAGAACUACAGCAUGUGUGUCUCCAAAUAUAUAGUGCAAUAUAAAGUACAGACAUAGGGGUUUAGGACUUUAAAGGCCAGAUACCUUUUUCUUGAACUGAGUAAAUCUAAAACAUCCAGCAAGCUGUAGCAAAUUGUCGGUCACACUAAGUUUAGCAGAUAGAAUUCCUCUGAGAUUCCCUAUCACAUGAACAGAAACCGCAUGGGGCUGGAUGGGAGGCAGUGAGAGUGGCUUUAGGAGGACGUUUAUGGUUUGGGUAUCGGUAACAGGUAAAGUGGGUUUGGAGUGGUAUUAAGAUGACUUGGGGUAAGCAGCAGGGCUUAGGGUUAUGGAUACAUUUCCCAUGUUCUUUAAUAGGCUUCCUGAAUUAAAUAAAUGAAGGCUAUUUAAAUAAUUGAGAAUGGAUGAAUGAACAAACAUAUAGAGAUUUGUUUGAUGAAAAUAAUAAGUCAGCUGCACUCUUAUAGUUAUCAUGGCUCUAUUGCACGAUGUUGUGGCUUGGGUACCUCUGGGGGUGAAGUUACCAACCAGAUAGUUGGUUAUGGGCCAAUGUUGCCAGAAUGGAGGCACACAUUAUCAUGUGUCUGAAAUAUGCCACGUUAAAUGCCUGAAACCCCAUCUUCCCCUGCCAAGCCAUUAUUAUAUAAAAAAAAUAAAGCUAUCUCGUGACUUACUACGUGACUUAGUAGGAAACCAUGAUAGAAAUGAUUGUGACAUCUACUCCAGGCUGGCUCAAUGGCAUAAUAACAGGACAAGAUGCUGGAUACUUACUCACAAAUUUGGCAUUUAUUAGUUAAUGAUGAGUUGAUUGGUUUGGGUACCUUUCUAUGUACAGGUCCAUAAAUCCCUGCUAUGUCCAUCUGUCCACAGGAGAUACCACACCAUCCAAUGAGCACGUGUGUCUGAGUGAUGAAGGGAACCCACCAGCUGUUACCCAGGACCGAGGGACCUCUACAGAUACUCCUUGUCGACAUAACAACACUACACAAAGCACCAAUGACCCCUCUAGUCGCACAAACACAAGAUCUCGCCUGGACCCUCACCGAGAUCGAAUCCGCUACCAGACUGAUGUUAGGCUUGAACCCACAGAGGAGAUCUUCCUGACACCAGUCCAGAGAUGUUCAGAUCCUCAAGAACAAGAUAAACCCUUUCUGUCACAGACUGGACCCUGCCGUAUGUCUGUCAGUUCAGAUGCAGAUGUUAACAUCCGCCCGCACAAUGGUGGCCGGCAGCAGUUAUCUAUCAGUGAGGAGGAAGAGGAAGGAGAUGAUGGGGUGGGAUACCUUGGCUGCUCUGGCAGAGUGGGUGGUCACCGUGCCCUUCAGAGGUCAUCAGUUAGUUCCGACACCAGUGGCUUAUCUUAUGACUCUGUAAAGUACACCCUGGUGGUAGAUGAGAACGUGCAGUUACAACUGGUCAGCCUGCGGCAGUGUUAUGCAGGAUAUAGCGAUGACAGUGACAGUGGUACUGUAUACGACAACUGUGUUUCCUCGCCCUAUGAGUCGGCCAUUGGGGAAGAGUAUGAAGAAGAGGAAGAGGAGCAGGUGGGAGCUGCCGGGAGGGAAGGGAACAGAGUUCGGAGGUCUAUGUGCCUCUCGGAGAGCUCCUCUCCAGAGGGCGAUGUCUCCUAUUCCAAAAAAUUCCUCAACGUCUUCAUGAAUGGGCGUUCACGCUGUACGAGUGAGUGAAUCAAAGGUUAAACAAUAAUGGGGGUAUGGCGAGAUGCGUGUUGGUGUGCUUUAACGGUUUCUGUUGCUGUUUGUGUGAAGAAUUUUAAGUUUACGACCUCUCAUAUUGUAUUUAAAGUGCAUGUCCUUUAUUUUGUUGUUUUUACUUUGUUUGCACUGGUAAAGAAAGUGGAUUUAGAGGGGUAUGCUUUGUAAUACACCAGUACCCUAAGACGUUUACUUGCGGCAUUGCAUUAUUGUUUUUUUAGUUAUUUAGACCAUAACAGCUCUAUUUUGCCAACUGAAUGGCUGUUUGCUUGGCUGCUUUAUAUAUAAGGGGUCUUCUAGUUUGGGAAACCCUCAGUCUCUAAUCUUCUUAGCUGCAGAUUCCUUUGGAUUGUUUUCAUGUCUUAUAAAUGGUGAAGAGCGAGAACAGACACAUCGAGCAGUUUUCAGGUACGUUGUCCAGCACGGAACAUUUUAUCUCAUUAUUACCAUACCACCCAUUGGUCACAACACUCAACAAGUUACAUUGAUUUUACCUUUCUAUUUGUUCUCAAACAAGUUUUUUGUUUGUUUUGUUAACAACAGUGGGUAUGUAGAAAGUUUAAUUUUCUGAGCAUAGUUCUAAAAGUGAAGCAGUCACCAUGGAAACCAAUUAAAUGUCCCUUGCUCAUUGUUCCACUUUUAGAAUAUUGCAACUGAUGUACUCUUUUUUACAGAGCCCUCAAUGUAUCCCUGGGAUUACUGAAUCAAAUUAUAAUUCACUCAUCGGGUAAUAAGAUCUGAGCAGAAAGUCACAUGUGAAAUAUGUUCCAGUACAAAAGUCUGCUUUCUGAAGUCACUGGUUCAGUGAAAGAAUAGUCCAAAUAUUUCAUUUAUUUACCUAACAGCCCCUGACCCAUCUGACCUUUCUGCAUUCUGUUAUUUAAAGGCCAUCUCCUAUAGAACAAAGUGACUUGUAUGCAUUUAUUGUUGCAUUGACGGAGCAUGUAUUUUGUUUUCUUUGGUAGCAGUAAGCCAACUUCAACUUUAAAGCCAGCUUUAUUUGACAACUGUAUAAUGUUUCUAUACUUUACUUCUUAAUGGUUUUCUGACAAAGGUCAAUACCUCUCAAAUUUACUAUGGAUUUUGCUUUGCUUUUAAUUACUCUCUUACUUCCCAUCUCAUUGACCUGAAGGUUCACCACCUUUCAAUGAUUUUAUUAUUCAACUACAGGUUCAUGCCUCGUCACCCCGGGGAACUGGAGCUGGAGGCUGAGGAUCCCCUGCUGGUGGAAGUGCAGGCAGAAGACCAUUGGUAUGAGGCUUAUAACAUGCGGACGGGCGAUCGUGGUAUAUUUCCAGCUUAUUACGCAGUACAAGUGACCAAGGACAAGGAUCACUCCACAGGUAAAAACAAAAUGCCAGUUCAUCUGACUAUGAUUCACAAAUUAGUCCCUCGUGGACACUGGAGAUCUUAUGCACCUCAUCUCACUUUGACCAUUGAAGGUACAAUCCACAGAAUCUGGACUGCAGGCACCUUCUAAACCCAAUGAUGAUGACUUUUACCCCACCAGAUCUUUGAGAGUUAGAUUUUCCAUGGUGAAUGUUCCUCCUUAGACUGCCAUAGUAUUAUGGUAAAUGCAGUUUCCAAAGUAAUGAGGUGCCAAACUUAGCCAUCACUGCCCUACAUUAAUGUGGAUAGUCCAUCAACCCUAAGUACUUUCUAAGCUUGGCAGCAAUAUUAAAAAUGGCUCCAUUAGGCAUUGUGCGGUGCUCUUAGGAAUGCAGCACUAUUAAAGGGUGGGUAUCUUAAAUGAUAUUUAAUAUUGUGUUGUUAUGCUAGUUCUUAACAGUUACUCCUGACUACUAUACACCGUUCUUUGAAAAUAACUGAAACAUUUAGAUAAUUCGAACACUGAAAUAAAUUGCAUCUGAAUGGUAAUUGUUCUAAUUUCUAAUUUGAAAUACCAAAGGGAGAGAAAAGUACACAGGAAUAGGAGUCUAAUGAGCGAUCGUGUUGUGAACAAAAAGCUCUUGCUAGUUUUGAGAAUAUCUUAAAAUGGAAAAAAAAAGAUUUUAUUUCAUUGAACAUAAAUUAUUUAUUUAAUAAAAAAUGUAAUAAAAUAAUGUAAGUGAUUCAUUACCCUAUGCUGCUAUUGUUCUAUGUAGAAUUUUAUGGGGAAAAAAUAGAUAAAUCCCUGUUCUGUGUCGGUUUUAGAUGCACGCACCCUGGAAUGUCUACAGAAUUCUAGGUUUCAACAUGAUUAAGGCCCAUUGGGUUGAGAUCCUCAGUUUGUGACCAUUGCCUGUAGCAACUGGUGUUCCAGAGACUCUGAUUCUUUCACCUAGAGACUGUUUAGUAUAGUAUCAUUUAGAUACUGUAUCAUAUUCUCAUGGAAAGUCAAUUUAUGUCCACUCACCCAAGUGGGUGGCUUUUUCACUGUUACCAUUGGUGAUAUGCAACUCUAGCUUUCUGUUACCUUUUUUCCCAGAAAGUCAAACUUCUGCCUGGGUUGACCAGUUCUGGGUGAAGUUCCUUGGCUCUGUGCAAGUUCCAUACCACAAAGGAACGGAAGUUCUGUGCACCGCCAUGCAAAAGGUGAUAACCUCUAAAAAACAAAUCUGUAUGUUUCAACCUAAUUGAUGAUUUGGGCAACGCAUUUCACGUGUUCCUCCUGCCUUCAUCUUACCCGGUGAUAUAUAAAACCUCUUAAGUAUCUGAUUAAUUCCAUCCAAGUGUGAUGUAUCAGUAAUACCUACUGCCUCAUCAUUUUGGUGACCGUUCGGAUGAAUCUAGUUAUGAAAAUCUUACAUUCCUGUUAAAGUCUUUGUGUUUAGUAUAAAGAGUUCAGUGUAAAUUUUAGAAUAUUUAAUUUAUCUUAAUUCAGGUUCUCAAACUCUCAAAACAAAACAAUGGUUUAUGAUAGUUGAUCCCACAGUCCUUUUAUUUAGAGUUAUCAUUUUUGUUUAAAGAGCUAGACAAUGAAAACCAAGCUUGCUGGAAAUAUUACACAUCUAAAAACGCUUAGUUUGGGAGUACCCAUAAGAAGAAAAAAAGCAAUAUGUUUUUGUGUAACUGAAAUGUUUUGAAAUUAGUUUGACCUGUAAACUUUGCAUUUCAGAUUGCUAUGUCUCGUCGCCUUACAGUGCUGUCAAAUCCACCAUCUAGCUGUGUCCUUGAGAUCAGCCUCCGGGGGGUAAAAAUUGCAGUUCGAGGAGAUGACCCUCAGGACCACAGUCAGGUAAGUGGGGCUAGAAUUAACAACUCUGUGGAACUGCUGGGUAUCACCCCAGUAUUAAAGAAACACUAUAGUCACCAAAACAACGUUAGCUCAAUGAAGCAGUUUUGGUGUAUAGAUCAUACCCCUGCGGUCUUACUGCUCAAUUCUCUGCCAUUUAGGAGUAAAAUUACUUUGUUAGCCUUCUUGACGUUGUAGGAGCCUCCUGCAUGUAAUGUACAGAGAUAAAAACUUCUAAAGCAAGUUAACAUAUGACUGAAAAUGAAACUUUUUUCAUUCAGGCUGGUGUGGGCAUGGCUAGGGCUGCAUAAACAGAAACAAAAGUGAUUGCCUAAAUGUCAGUGAAUUGAACAGUGAGACUGCAUGCGCAUGAUCUGUACACCCAAACUGCUUCAUUACGCUAAAGUUGUUUUAGUGACUAUAGUGUCCCUUUAGUAUUUUUCUAGCCACAACAGCCUUGUUACAUCCCAGUAUCAUGCCAAUAUUCACCACAUCCCAAUAUCACACUGGCUUGUACUUUUGUUUUGCCUACUUUUGUAAUGGCAAUGAUGAUCCAUCUAGGUUUGCAUAUUGACUGAUGUGUUUUCAUAAUAACGGUCUCUGUGCUUUUCUACAUCUUUCGCUAAUAACCCUUUCUUACCAGCAGGUGAACACGUGCAGUCACUUCUUCCAGUUAAAUAACAUCUCAUUCUGUGGCUAUCACCCUAAGAACAGCAAGUGAGUGUAAUGGAGAUUUAUAGGGUUCCCCUGUUAUGCAAAUUCUGUUUUCAUCAUUUUCUUACUAUUUCUCAUAAUUGUUUGUUUAAUUUUUUUCCCCCUAGAUAUUUUGGCUUUAUAACUAAACAUCCCUCUGACCAUCGCUUCGCUUGUCAUGUAUUUGUCUCUGAGGAUUCAACCAAACCCCUGGCAGAGUCUGUCGGGUAAGAAUGUGGGCAUGGGUGGUAUAAGGGUCCGCAGCAUUAAUGGGUUAGAUACCAGACUCUACUUUUAUUGGAUGUGGGAUGUUAGAUCGGAGAAGAGAGAAAUAAGUUCACAUUUGUAAUGUUAUACUAUAUUUAAAAUAAAAAUAAAAGAAGAAGGCCUUUAUUAGCGAAUUUCCACAUUUCAUUUUAUUAUUUAAGUUAUUGUCUUCUUGGAGAAUUCAGAACCAGACAGUUUAUAGAUUGUCGUAACAAUGUCUUCCUGAUAUUUAAAUGAAAAUCAUAUGUUUUUGUUUCUUAGCAGAAAGUGGAAAGCUGUUUUCUAUACAAUAAUAAUAUUGUACAGCACUGCAGAAUUUAUUUUUGGCGCUACAGUAGUAUCUAGUUCUUGGUGCAGGCCUAUAUUGAAUGAGGUGGAAAGCAACCCUACGUUGCCCCCUAGCUGCAUUUCUAAAACUGCAGUAUCUGUAAGCAUCCUCAAAAGGGGCUAAUUCACUAAAUACCCAAUUGGCUUAAAUUGGAAACAAAACUGGACAACUGAGGCUAAAAGAGCUAAACUAUGGCUAUAUUUUGUUUUCCAAAUCUGCUAUUACAGACUACAUUUAACAAAUUUAAACUUGAAAUGAAAAUCAAAGUAUUUGUGCAUUUAUAUGUUAUCUAUUUAUAAAAAUAUUAAUCCUGGUCAACACAGUAUAAAAACUCAGCGGAAAUUGUGGUGUGUGAUAUUGCUAAAACUUUCUCCCUUCCUUACAGGAUUUCCCAGCAUAUCCAAGAAAUCCGUUUUAAUGAGUAACAAAGGAUUAAUGGGUCUGUUGCUUUGUUUUCUCAUCUUAAGAGAAGUCCAAUAUUAAAAGGACACAAUAGGCAUCAAAACAUCUUUAGCUUAAUGAAGUAGUUUUGGUGUAUAGAUCAGGCCCCUGCAGUCUUACUGCUCAAUUCUCUGCCAUUUAGGAAUUAAAGGGAAACUAUAGUGCCAGGAAAACAAACUUGUCACUUACCUGGGUCCAGCGCCGAUGCCCCUCGGUCCGCCUUCGCUCCUCCCCCACCGCCGUCAGCUGUCAGGGGAGAUCUAAUGCGCAUGCGCGUCAAUGGCCACUGUGGCGAAAGUGACCUUGCCACUGGUUUUUGGAGGGGCCUAUUUGCCAGCCUCCUGCCAUGUGACUAUGGCCCCUGGGAUGUAUUGCCCUUUAAGGAACUGAGUUGUGGCUUAUGGACUUAUAUUAUACUGUUACUGACCCUUUAAGAACUGUAUUUGGGCAUAAUGGAUUUUUAUAAUGCUGUUUCUGGCCCUUUAAUUACUUUGGAGCAGUGUUGCAACUUUAAAUUGGCACUUUGGAUACAGCCAAAGUGCCGAAGUGGCCGCCAUUCGACAAACAAACACGUGAUGGCGGCCAUCUUUGUUCAUUCUAACGAGGUCAACGGUAUGUGUAGCCAAAUCCAUGGAACUGAAAUCUGCUAACCAUUUCAACGAACACCGCUGACCCUUACCUUCUCCUACACUGAGUUUUCAGCCACAGAGACGAAGUCCCGUUCGAAGAUUCGAACGCAUGUUCGAAUGGGACUUAGUCAUUUUUUCAGUGUGAAAUUGACCGACCGCACAGCCCAAAUCUAUGGAACUGUUUUGGGCAGGAAAAUGUGCUUGCGGUUGGUCAAAGGUGACUUAUAUCUAUCUCCCAAACGGAUUCUAAAGAUUUUGGGGUAUGUUUGUGUUUGAAAUAUGCUGAUUAAGAAUAUGUGACUUUUAUUAAUAUUGGAUGUAUAGUUUUAGAGUUAUGAAAGUUGGGUAAAAUAAACACAUCCCCGCCACUUCAAUAAGAACACGAGAUCUCAACCGAUACGACGGAUAACCCUGACCCACAGUAACUCCAUAGGUCAAGGGGGGACAUCUUAGGGCAUGGCCCAUAUCCCCACAGAACCACAUAUUGAACACAUCUGGACAUGGCACGCAUACCACCUCUAUAAGACAACGCUUACAAUCAGAUUAACGGACGUGUGCGGCAGCCCCGAGACAUAGCAACACACACAUACACCACGACACUAUACCUCUCCUGAUGAACCCUAGAAAACACAUACUCCGCACCCGCACAGACCCAAGCAAGGGUCCUCACGGUUGACCUCACUUUGACAUACUGCAAUACGACAACAUGAUAACUAACAAGAACCUCAACUAGGUUAAUAGCUACCGCACCCAACUCGGAUGGGUUCUAACCCACGGGAAAAGGACGCAAACCUCGCACAACCGACCAAACAAGCCCAUUUCAAUAGAAACAACUCGAUUGCCAUAUGGACAGGGUCACCGUCGGUUGUAGAUGGAUUAAAAGGGGGUAAACUGACUACACUAAGCCCUGGGUACGUACGGAUCUCUUCUCACCACUCUCCAUAUCCCUGCAUUGUGGAUCUCGUAUCAGACAGACACCACACACCCCUACACAUGACCACUAGUUAGGAUACUAUCCUUCACACCGAAACACACAACAUACAUUCAUCGACAACUACUCUGGAUUAAUUCCAAUCAAGGAACCGCAUCCUUAGAGUACAUAUGAACGCUACCAUACCCAUAUAGCUCUAGCUUUAUCUGGAAGCCCCUAACUCCAGGAUAUACUGUGACGAUAAUAUUUUGCAAUUCACGCUUUAGAAAAUAAACAUAAUUGUACCCUAUCAUUGGUUGUAUAUUGGAACAGGGAACAUCCCUGCAUAUGUACAUGUAUAUGUUAUGCUUCAAAAUUGCUACCUUCACUGUUUGACUGAUGUGGGCCUGCGAGCCCUAAAAUCUAUCGUACCCAAUUGCUAAUAAAAAUCUGAUUAACAAAAAUAAAAUAAAAAUAAAUGAAAGUUGGGUAAAAAGUAUGUUUUAAACUGUACGGCUAAUUGUGUUACCUCUCAGGCUAAGGGGAGGAGAUGUGUGGGAUGUAACCAGUGUGUGAUUGGGUAAUUCAUAAUUGUCUGUGGGCGUCUCCCUUGCAUGGGAGAAUUGCAUAAAAGCAGAGUGUGUGUCAUUAAACAACAGAGUUCUACUUCACCCUCAAUCUAGAGUCCUGUCUCUUAUUGGGGGAAUUGCUAUAUCACUACAAGGGAUUGCUAUGCUCUGCAUACUCCCUUAGCUAAUCACUACUAAGCUCUUUUAAGAACUUGUUUCUACUUCACUCUCUUGGAGGAGGGGUUCACCCACUGGAACCUGGAGCCUUGUCGUAGGUCCAGGGUGGGUAGGAGACGGCGAGACCCCAACCAAGCUGCGGCAGUUCGUGGGGUCUACGGUGGUUGUGGUGUCUGGCGGAGCGUUUGGAGCUAUCUGUAAGCGCUAGGAGCAUCCUUCAAUGGAGGUACCCAGUCGGGGUGCCAGGUGAUCCGUUACAGCCAUUCUCAUAUUAGGAUUUCUCCAUAGGGGAUUCGUGUGACACUGGAAGUCCGCAUGCAUAGCAUGAGGACGUCCAGCACCAGUUAGGCGACCAAAAUUGCCUAACAGCACUGAAAUCCCUAAAGGUGGAGUUAACUCUCAAAGGUAAUUAUUGCAGUUUCACACAAUCACACAAAGUAGUCUCCUGCAGGGUCUAGCAAGCUAUUAAUUCUUAAAUUAAAGGACCGCUAUAGGCACCCAGACCACUUUAGCUCAAUGAAGUGGUCUGGGUACCUGGACCCCCUAGGUUUAACCCUGCAGUUGAAAACAUAGCAGUUUCAGAGAAAUUGCUAUGUUUACACUGCAGGGUUAAUCCAGCCUCUAGUGGCUGUCUCACUGACAGCCACUAGAGGCUGCUUCCGCGAUUUACACAGAGUAAAUCGCACUUAUUUGACACUGGACGUCCUCAUGGAGUCCAUUGUCAAAAAAGAUCCCCACAGGAAAGCGUUGAAUAAUGCUUUCCUAUGGGUGUGUUUGAAUACACGCGCCUCUGGCUCCACCCUGAAGCUGAUGUUGAUAGGAGAGGUCACCAGUGCCGAGGGAGCCCAGCGCUGGAUUAAGGUAAGCAAAAAAAUGGUUAACCCUUUAAUCUCCGCGGAAUAGGGCUCUAGUCAUCUAAACGGUGACUAGGGCUCUAUAGCGUUGGGAAUACAUAUUUGAAUUUCUAACGCUAUAGUGUUUCUUUAAUAAUGUGCAAUAAAGGAAUUUUAAACAUUAGAUCUCUCUUUACAGGAAGUGUUUAGGAAGGCUGUGUAAGUCAAAUGCAGGGAGGUGUGACUAGGGCUGCACAAACACUAUGAUUUAAGUUUUUUAAACGGUAGAGAAUUGAGCAGUGAGGCUGCAGAGGCACGAUCUAGAACAGGCUUCCCCAAAAUCCGGCCCUCCAGAUGAAAUAGGCUGAGAAUCAUGGGAGUUGUAGUUCAGCAACAUCUGGAAGACCGGAGUUUGGGGAAGCCUGAUUCUAGACACUCUAUACACUAAAAUUGCUUAAUUAAGCUAAAGUUGUUUUGGUGCCUAUAGUGUCCAUUUUAGGCCUUAUAUAUACCCAUGUUUAAAGAUAUGACCAUCCGUUCAUCCUUAGUUCCCAUUCUUUGGUUAGAAAGGUUUCACUGUGGUCUACAUGGAGCUGGUAUUGCCUAAGUGUUUUCAUACCUAAUGAAUGGGCUUUAAAACUUUUUUUUGUUCUUUCUUCAUAUUUUUAGGAGAGCCUUCCAACAGUUUUACAAAGAAUUUGUGGAGUACACAUGCCCCACAGAGGAUAUAUAUUUGGAGUAGCUGCAAUCUAUUACACGGAAAUCUGUUCUGUGCAUGGACAAAACUGCUUGUGCUGGGCAGCGGAGGACACAGAGCUGCCUGAGUGGUGGGAUGGUGAGGGACAAGAGGCACCCCUCCCUGCUGUGCCUCCACCCUGUUGGAUUCUGGUGAACUGGGUGUAAAAUCAAGUUGAACGUGAAGGCUGGGCCCAACCAAGACAUUUCCCAAUAACCUUCUCCCCACAACCUUCUCCCCACUUUACUCUGCCCCUAACCCUGCCAUGCAUUUUCAAGCAAGGGGACUCCAAGGAAGGACUGUGCUCUGAUCUCCUGAGCCUUACUACCAGUUUGAGUAUGGAAACUGCAAGAAAAUGCUACGGUCAGGAAAGAAAGUCUAGGGAUGUAAGAGUUAGAAAGUGGAGAACAAGCUCUGUGAUAUCACACAGUUGCCUGUGAGUGAAAGUUUGGUUUUAUUUGUAUACAGAAAGGAUAAAGAAUGUGUGCACAUGUUGCUUGGUACCAGCUGUGGGGAUGCAUCAAUGAUUGACAGAUGGAAGGUGAAGAUUAGUUGCUGCUCAAACUGCUGGGGUGCUGUGGCCAUUGGUAGUGUUUUAAUGGCCUUCUAGACUCACUGAAAUACUGUAUGAAUGAGUGGAUUGAACAACUCUGUACAUAGUGCUUGAGCUGGUGGGCAGUUCUAUUGACUUACAAAGUGACACUAUAUAUAAACAAAGAUAUGUGCGUGGCUGGUUUUGCUAGUUGGUUAUCCUAAUAAGGUAAAGGUGGUUGUCUGGGUGUCUUGAUGAGUGAGUAUUGGUUAUAGAGGUGUGUUUCUAAAGGUUGGGGGCAGAGGGCAGCUCAACGUUUCUCAAUAAAACAGACUGAGAAUGGCUCUGUUAUCAUUCCUCAAACAGGAUUGGUUGAGAUCAUGUCAUAUGUAUAUGUAACAACAACAACAAAAAAACAGCAGUGGUACCUGCCACAUUGUCUCCAAUAGGCUGCCGUUGAACUAAGGUUUAGAAUGGAAUGGUAACAGCACCUUGGUGAAGUCCUCAAAUCCAAGUCGAUAUGAAAUGAGAGGAGACAGAGAAGACAAAAAAAAAAGGGAAUAUAGUGUAGUAGGUUGAUGAAUGUAAUGUGAGGGGAAAAAGGAUUUGCUGUAAACUAGCUUCUGAUGGCUCCUUACUCAAAGCUUGGCGUGGAAUAAUCAAUCCCUACUUUUGGAUAUAUGUGCGAUUCACACUCUUGGAUGGAUGUAUGUUAAAAUCUUCAGCAUAAUAUAUAUAUAUAAAAAACAACAAACUAAAAUAUAGUGCACACUGUGUAACAAAAUACAUUAAAAUAACAGAGUCCAAAGACGUAGGUGGUAUAUUCCACAACAAGGAAAACUAUGUCCAAACGUCUAAAUAGCAGGGCGGUCCAAAAGUAGUAUUUAAACGAAC